CCAGGUAAGCAGCUUUCACAUUCUUCCUUCAAACGGAAAAUGCAGAAAAAGAGGGUAAAAAUAUAAGGAGCUAUGCUAGAAGAGCACAAAGAUUACCCAAGCCCCACACUGGACCCCAGGGAGAGGACAAACAUCAGCUAUCCCAAAGGUAGGGAGGCUGGCUGGGCUUAAAUAAAAAUAAAAAAUAAAAAUGAUAAAUAAAAUUAAGUUGUGAGUGUGUGUGUGUGUGAGAAUCAGGGCCGGCACCACCUAUAGGCGAAGUAGGCGCUGGCUUAGGGCGCACAUUCAGAAAGGGUGCCCCGCGCACACCUUUUCACGUGGCGCUUGUAAAAGUACUGCGGCAGCAGUGUCAGCGCGUGGCCCAACGGAGAGAGGCGUGGGCACCAGGAGCGCCUACAAUUUGCUGCGCAGCGCCCAGAUUCCCCUCCCUGACCCAAAGUAAGCCUCAGGGAUGGGGGAGAAACAUUUUUUUUUAAUUUUUUUUUAAACCUUGUGUGUCUGUCAACGCCAAACAUUCAAGGGAAUGUAAACUUUUGAUCUGGGCCAUUUGGGUGAUUUCUGUUAUCAUUAUGAUUAUAAAAGGAGCCAAACAUCUAUGUGAUAAUAAAUGGCUUCAUAUGAUCAUUAUCCUUCAGUAAAAUAUUGUUGUUUUUUUUUGCAUGAUCAGUCUUAUUUUCAAAAUCAAUGCCAAAAUUUCACGAUUUCUGCCAGGGUAUGCAAACUUUUGAGCCCAACUGUAUGUGUUUUGUUCCAUGGUUCUACUUUAUUCUAACCAUGCACUUAAGAUAAAGUUGAGUGAUAUAGAAGCGUGGUCACUCACAAAUACCAUUGUGUUUUGUAUUUAUUUCUGGUAUACUAUGAGUAUAUACUCUACAUUUUGUGCGUGUUAUUAUCUUUCUGUAACAUUGACUAACUAAAUAAACUAAAAUGUAACUAAAUAAAAAUUGAGCUAGAUAACAGUGUCACCUAGACUGUCAAUAUAAAUAAUAACAUAAUAAUAAUAAUAAUAAUAAUAAUAAUAAUAAUAAUAAUAAUAACAUAUGUAUAUCUAAAUAUCUAAAUUUAUGAUAAAAAACAUAAAGGGACAAGUGAGCAAAGAGUAAGCUGACACAGAUAAAGGGGUACGCUUGGCACCAAAACAACUGUAAAGGAACACUCUAAACACUACGAGCACUAUAACACGCAAAACUGUUACUUAAGAGGUUACCCCAAGCACCAUGACCACUCAUUUAUUUGAGGGAGAGUGGAUUUGCUCCCAAAAUAGGGACUGUUCCUCCUAAAUAGGGACACUUAGGAGGUAUGAUGUUUGGCAAUGCUAGUCAGACGUUGUUUUUUUUAGCUACCUCAAGUGAUCGUUGCCCUUCAUGAUGCCUUGCCCUACUAUGUUGAAUUUGAAUAUGUCAUUUGGUGAGGGCAAAAGGGGGAGGGCUUUUGGCACAAAUGGGACUCGUAGAAUUGACAGGUGAGCCUGGGGUAAAUACAUGACCAAUCAAGUAGGUCGGCUAACUAAGGACACCUACUUGAUUGGUCGUGUUUCAGUGCUCUUUGCAGGGUCCUAAUGCCAUGAGCAUAUCGCAGGCAAAUAUAAUGAUACGUUCGCACUAUGCUUGUUAGGGACAGUAUCCAGCCGACAUCACGCCGAUGGUUGACCUAAUGCGCAUUUGUUCUCCAUAGGAAAAUAUUUAAUGUAAUAAUUUUCUAGACGGAUUUUGAAGAUGUACUCAUAGAAAGUGUGAAGACGUCCAGCAUCAUUUUAACACUGUACAAAUCCAGGAAGCACCUCAAAUGGUUGUCUGGGAGACAGCUACUAGAGGUUCUCUUAACCCUGCAAUCUGAAACUGCAAUGUUAGAGGGACAGGGUUAAAAGGACAGUGGAACUUCACCAGACCAUUUCAAUGAGUUUAAGUGGUCUUGGUGCUAAUAAUGUUAAUUUAAGCUCAUUGAAGUUUUACAAACUUCUAAUCCCAAAGUUGAGGCUCUGCGCCCGACACUGCCACUACCCAACUUCCUUCCUCUCUGCCACUGCAGUAUGAAGAUGGUUUAGCUGGGUGGCUGGUGAUGGCCUGGGAAUGCCAUGUGAUGCUAUCGCUUAAAAUCACUGGCCGCUCAUACUGUUUCCCUUGGGUAUUGGGUGCUGGAUGGGCACCAGGACACAUGCCUCUUCCUUUAAUUGUCACUAGUUCUAUCUCUUUGUCACUGUAAAUAUAAUUUAGAUACAUACAGUUGCAAGAAAAAGUAUGUGAACCCUUUGGAAUGAUAUGGAUUUCUGCACAAAUUGGUCAUAAAAUGUGAUCUGAUCAUCAUCUAAGUCACAACAAUAGACAAUCACAGUCUGCUUAAACUAAUAAAACACAAAGAAUGAAAUGUUGCCAUGUUUUUACUAAACACACCAUGUAAACAUUCACAGUGCAGGUGGAAAAAGUAUGUGAACCCUUGGAUUUAAUAACUGGUUGGGGGGCGGGGCCUGACCGCUGAACUGUGAGGAAGUAUGCCUCACCAGCUCCUGCAACUUAGGGCAAACAAAGCCGAAUUAAGACUCCAAAGAGGCACUAAAAUGACCCCUCACGGCCACCAAGCGACAGUCGACACUGGGGCGCACAAACAGACACCACACAAGCGACGAUGUCCCUCAGAUGCACCCAGACUCAUGAUGGGGCCUACCAGCCUGGCGGGUGCAGAGAGGACGACCGCUUUCCUGCUGCCUGUACCAGCCAAGUGCUGGCCCCAGGGCCCUUGCCCGUCCCCCCCCUCUGGACCGGCGGGGGUCAUCCCGGUCCAAUCCCUCACGGUUCCCUUGAAAGGAGAUGAGCGGACGAAACAACAGCGCGGUGUGGAGGCUGCGGACAAGGCCGACAAAAUGCCAGACGGCAAACAUGCCUCAGCCCUUCACGAGGCCAGACGAGACACAGAGCGCCGGCUCUCCCGCAUCUUUGACUCCUUUUGGGAGCAACUGGGAAACUAGCGUGGCCUCUGGAGCCUGAGAACAAGCCGGAGAGCAAGUCACGAGAACCCGCACAAAAGACCCCGGAGGUGGCACCAGCAUAUACCGCCGGCUACCCUCCCGGGCCCUAUAGAGAGACCGCCCUACUAACGGAGACCCGACGCCUCACUAAGAGCGACUACAGCCGUACCAAGACAAACCGAACUGGAGGCACUGCAGUAAGACGGCGGCACAAAACCCAGCCUCACCGCCCAGCCAUGAAACAGCCUAAGAAAGGUACAGACCACUCCACUCACGCCAAAAAAAGCAGACCACUGUGCUCACCAGGGGGGCCGCGAUAACACGACGCCCAGGGUACAGAUAUAGCCAACAAACAAGCAGAUGGACAAGGCCCAAUAUCGGAGCCACAUCAUACCUAUCACUGCAGAUGCUGGCCCACGCUCAGACACUCUACCCAUACAUCGCUGAACAGAGGGGACCGCAGAUCAAAGCACAGCCGCGACAGACAGCACAGGGGGAGCACACCCAGCCCCUACAAGGCAUCGGAUGAACCACACAGCACUGGGACUUAAUGUCUAGAAAAGAACUCAUCCCCUCCUUCAUUUUUAUUUCGUUUUACAAAUCCUCCAUGACCCAGAUGAACCCCCACAACUGUCUGUAUGCCACUAACACUUUUCACUCCUCCUGACAGCUCCAUUAGGGGACCAAAGAGAGGUAUUCCUCGAGAUCAAGCGACCACACAUUAAGCAUGAAUAUGUAUAGACCAACUCAAACCCACACAGGUUUCUAUGACUAUUCAACACACAAAUGUUUGCAUUUCUGGACACACUUUUGGAAAUAGCACUGCAUAGUUAUAUCACCAGAUUAGGAUAUUUACAUGCUUAGUUUUUUUUUUAGUAUUUACGUUUUUAUUUUUCAAUAAAGUAUUGGGAUGUGGGGUACAGAAGAGAAAAAAGGAGGGGAGGGGGGUGGGGUAUAUCACAAAGUCGUUCAAUAUUUCACACAACUGGUUACACGUUACAUACAACAUGUUGGUGAUUCUCAAAUACAGUCUAUGGUGACAACUAGAAAAAGUGGGACUUUGGCCCCGGGGGGUGUAAGGGAAGGGUUAAUAACCGGGAGUAUUAACACAUCUUGUCAAACUUUGUUGAAAUAUACCGUAUGGGGUGUCACUUAAGCGUGUGUUGUCAGUGUGUGUCAUCUACCUUGGAGAAAGUUCGAGCCUGUUUGUACGGCUGUGAGUCCCUAUAUACCCAUGUCAGAGCGAAGCUCUCGUUCAGAGUUGGCAGCUAGUUGUUGCGGAUAGGAAGAGGUUGCGCUGUUCUAGAUAUUGACCUAUGAUGUUCUAAGAGGGGCUUGGGCUAUGCAAUCUUGGGUAGGUUGCGCCAUAUGCUGUUGGUUUGUGUAUAUAUUAGCCCAUGGUGCCCAGGUUUCUCGUAGUACCUGUGAUUGUCUGGGGGUGGUUGUGGCCAUACGUUCAUACGUAUAGUAUAGUUGGAUUUUAUCUAACAAUUGUUGCCUAGAAGGGCAGGUGUUUUGUUUCCAGUUAGUCGCAAUAAGGUUCCUGGCCGCCAUUAUGGUAAGUAUUGUUACCUGUUUUAGUGGUUUGGGUAGGGGAGCGGGGAACAAUAGGAAUAAGCAAACUGAUGGGGUGAGGGCAAUGUUCUCAACAUUGAGAGAUUUGAGGACGCUGCUCACAUGUCGCCAAAGCGGGGUCAGUACAGGGCAUUCCCACCAAAUGUGUAUCAUUGUGCCUUCUGCGUUUUCACAUCUCCAGCAUUGUGCUGUGACUGUGGGGUAGAUUUUAUGUAACCUACUGGGUGUUAGGUACCACCUGAAGAUCAAUUUUUUGUGAGCUUCUACGUGGGAGUAGCAGUUGGUGACCCCUUUAAGUGCAUUAAGAGAAUGCAACCAUGCAUCUCCCGAUGGGGAAGAGGCAUGUUCUGCUCGCCAUUGUUUUUCAUAAGGAAAGGGUGCGGUGGUGGUGUUACAUAGUAGUGAAGCGUAGCAUAGAGAUAGAGACUUAGGCUUGGUGGGCGCUUGCCAACAUCUGUCAUGUAUGGUGUUUAGAAGGUGGUGGUCAUAGGGUGCAACAUCUGCUUGUGUGAGGAUUUUAUGGGCCGCAAUACUUUUGAGUUGGAGAUAUUGAAAAACAGAGGAGUUCGAUAGUCCAUAUUUCUUUUGGAGGUCUGGGAAGGGCAUGAGCUGUUGGCCAUGGUAAGUGUCUGCUAUGUGUGUGAUACCUUGUUUCUUCCAAGAGGUCCACGUCAAUCCUGGGGCCAGGGAGCUUAGGGCCGCUAGUGGGGCUCUCGGGUGAAAUUUGUUAGCUGUGAUCUUAGAGUGAUGAAGGGUGUCCCAUUGGUGCAGCGUGAGGACUGAGGUGUGGAACAGGUGGGGUGUGCGUGGUCGGAAAUGCGGGGGCGUCCAUAGAAUAGGUAUCAGGGAACCACCAGGUGCGGUGGCGUGCUCCAUAUCUACCCAUUGGAAGGUUCCUUUUGCGGCGUGGAGUUUGAUUGCCGCUUCUAGGAGUGAUGCUCUGUGGUAUUUAGCUACAUCUGGGAGGCCUAGGCCUCCGCGUUGUGGGGUUUGCUGGAGGAGUGAAAGAGCUAGUCGUGGUCUGCGUGCUUCCCACACAAAGGAGGAAAUUAUGGCCUGGAGGUGUUUGUAGAAUCGUGGGCUAGCAUAGAUAGGUAACAUUCUGAAUUUGUAUAAUAGCUUAGGAAGUAGCAUCAUCUUAACUGAAUUUAUCCUACCUAGCCAGGAGAGCUUCACAUUUUUCCAUUGGUGGGUGUGUGUUGUGCAGAGUGAUAUCAAAGGUUUAAAGUUUAGGUCGAACAUUGUAGAGGGGGACGACCCGAGUUUUACCCCUAGGUAAGUAAUAUCAUUAGAUCUCCAGUCGAAGGGGAAGGCUUGUUUGAGUUGUGACUGUAAUGCAUUCGGGAGAUUGAUUGGGAGGGCUUGUGUUUUGCUCUGAUUAAGUUUGUAGUAUGAUAGUUGUCCAAAUUGUUGUAGUAGUUGUAGUAGUGCAGGUACUGAUUUUUCGGGUUUUUCUACAGUGAGCAGAAUAUCAUCCGCAAAAAUAGAGAGACAGUACGUGUGGUUCUUUAUGGGAAUACCUGUAAUUGAGUCGUGGCGCCUGAUUUUAGAUGCUAAGGGUUCUAGCGAUAGGAUAAAGAGUAGCGGUGACAAGGGACAACCCUGUCUGGUGCCAUUGGUGAUACAGAAGGAUUUGGAUAGGAAGCCAGAGUUGGAUACCUUUGCCUGUGGAUCAUUGUAAAGGGCCAUAAUGCCAGUGAUGAGGCUUUCUGGGAAACCAAAUUUGCUUAGGACUUGUUGCAUGUAUAUCCAAUUGACCCUAUCAAAGGCUUUUUCGGCAUCGAGGGCUAAGAUUAGGCCCUUCGUUUGGGACUUGUGCAUAUGUGAUAGUAUAUUUAGAACUUUUCGCGUGUUGUCAGAGCCUUGCCUACCUUUGAUGAACCCAGACUGGUCGUUGUGGAUAAGUGUGGGUAGAAUUCGGGAUAGCCUAUUAGCCAGGAGUUUGGCGUACAUUUUGACAUCAGCAUUAAUAAGGGAGAUUGGCCUAAAGUUCUGGCAAUGUGUUGGCGGUUUACCUGGUUUGGGGAGUGUCGAAAUAUGGGCUACUAGCAUGUCUUUGGGUAUUUGCCCUGAGGUGUAACAGGAGUUGAAUAGGUUAGCCAUGUGGGGUGCGAGAAGGUUGGCGUAGGUUUGGUAGUAUAAAUUGGAGAAACCAUCAGGUCCUGGGGCCUUCUGUUUGGGGAGGUCGUGGAUGAUCUCUUCCACUUCACUCACUGUAAAGGGGGAGGUGAGAGUCGCGAUAUCAUCAUUUUGUAGUUUAGGGACAUCUAUAGUUUGUAGAAACUCUCUAAUAGAUUGAGGGGAGGGAGGCUUUGUUUGAGGGUCAUCUUUAAGAUUAUAUAGGGAACUAUAGUAGGUUGCGAAUUCGUUUACUAUGUCUUGGGGGUUGGUUAUUUUGCCACCUUUGGAAUUCUGUAUAUGCGCUAUCUUUGAGGUGUACGACCUAGUUUUGAGUUGCGUGGCUAGUAGGGCCCCCGCUUUGUUUCCAGUGGCAAAGAAUCUAUGUUUGUAUCUCUGCAAUAGGUAGGUGGUUUUCUCUAGUUCUAACUGUUGAAGAUCUUUAUGUAGUGCAUUUAAUUGCAUGUGUGUGUCUUUAGAUGGUCGUAAUUUAUUUUUGUGUGUGAGAUCUGCGAUGUCUUGUAUGAGUUUUGUAUAUAGUAGUUUGCGUUGGUAACUAGCUAUUCUAAUAAUCGUGCCUCUAAUGACUGCCUUGUGUGCUUGCCAUAAUGUCUCUAUACUUGUGUCUUCUAGUGCGUUUUCUCUGAAAUAUGUUUCUAUGUCGCUCUGUAUGUUGGCUGCUGUGUCUUGGUUUGCAAGCAAGGUGUCAUUCAGUCUCCAGGUGCCUUUUCCUCUGGAUGUAUAUUCUUCUUGGAUGGUUAGUGUUAUAGGGGCAUGGUCUGACCAUGUUAUUAGGCCUAUUUCUGCUGACUGAAUUUUGUCUAUAUAAUUAGUAUGUAACAAGAAUCUAUCUAUCCUAGUGUAUGUAUUGUGUACUGCAGAGUGGAAUGUGUAGUCCCUAUCUGUGGGGUGAAAUAUCCACCAUGGGUCUAUAAAGUCGUGUGAGCGGAUGAUGUGGGCUAUCUUAGAGGUGAGGGUUGUUAAUUGUUUGGUCGAUUUCGCAGGGGUUAAAUGGCAUGCUGAUGUGUCUAUGGAGGCAUUCAGCAGGAAGUUGGUGUCGCCUCCAAUUAUGGUAUCACCGAAACUGUACAAUGAGAGUAAGCUAAAUAUUUUAGUUAUAAACUCAUGUUGGUUGUCAUUUGGUCCAUAAAUAUUGACCAAUGUAUAUGGGCUGUUAUUAAUAUAACAUUGAAUGAUUAGGUAUCUGCCAUGUUUGUCGCCAAUUUUUUUCACUAGGGUGAAGGAUACAUCCUUGCUUAUGAGAGUGGUUACUCCUCUUUUUUUUGAUUUGUAGCAUGAGUGAAAGUCAUGGGGGUAGAGGGCGGAAUUGAAUUUGGGUCUAUUCCCCCACUUAAAGUGGGUUUCCUGAUAGAAAGCUAUUUGGGCUUUCGAUUUUUUGGCUUCUUCCAGCGCUAGUCUUCGUUUGUGGGGUGUGUUCAGACCUUUUACGUUUAGUGAUACAAUUGUGAGGGUCAUUUUAUAGGUUUUUGGAAGUCUGCUACGUAGGUCAUUGAGCCAUUUAUUUUACUGUUUCCUUUCCCAUCUAACUCAUAGAUGAGCAUUACAUUACGCUUAGUAGUUUGUGUGGUAGGGUUUGUUGGGUAUGGCCAUAUUAUGGUGUGGUGAAAAUGGCCCCAGCUCGAGAAAGUGACUUUGUCUGUGCGGGUAGAGGCGUUGUGGGUUUUGAUUGCAUACAGCAUCAGUGGUGUGCGUUUGUGGAGCGUCAUGGGUAGGUGGUAGGUUGUGGUAGGGUGUGACACUUGUGACACAGUGUAAACAUACCAAGACAUAGACAUGAUGAACGAUAUAACAUUUUGAACUAUAUACAGAGUGCCGUUGAGGGUGGUACUGAGAGGUACUAACGGCAUAGUGGAGGCCAUUAUUGGCCUGGUAUGGGUCUUAGUGGUGACCUGCGUGAGACUCUAAGUGCGGGUGUAGCGAUUCUGUGUAACGUGAAUAAAUCUCUUGUGUACGCUACCCUUGAGUGGUCCUGGGAGAAUGCCCAGUCAUGUGUUAGUGAAAUGUUGUCCCUAACUAGUUACGGUAGAAUAGAGGUGUAACUUAGGUCGGGUUACACUUGGAGUAACCCAUGUGUAUAUGUUUGGCAACAAGCCGGACUAACUGGUCAUGCAUUGUGCUGCAAAGUCACUUAGCUGUAUUCCAGUCUCUGGAUAUUUGCGCAGGAGAGCGUCUCGGUGGAUUUUGCACCUCGUCGUUGGGUGGUGUCGGUUGGGGUAUAUUCCAUUCCUUGAGCAUGCGGAGGCCUUCUUCCACUGUGAGGAUGUGCUUUUCGACGCCAUUCCGUCUAAGCAUGAGCCGGGCUGGAAAACCCCAUCUGUAGACAAUAUUAGCAUUUCGUAACGCUGUGGUGAUGGGCGCCAAUGAUUUCCUUUUGAGGAGGGUUGCCGCAGAUAGAUCCGUGAAAAUCUUUAUCUUCGCAUAUUUGCCUGGCAGUUCAGGAAGGAGUCUUGAGGCCCUCAUGAUUUUGUCCUUGGACGUGAAAUAGUGAAAUUUAGCGAUAGUGUCGCGUGGUAGGGACGUCGGUAGGUUUUUGGGCCUUGGCAGGCGAUGGAUCCUGUCCAGGAGGAGUUCAGGUGGUGACAGUUCUGGGGACAGAGCUUGAAAGAGGUCUGUUGGAAAGUUUGACAGGUCUUGUGGGGGUACGUCUUCAGGUAUGCCUCUUAUGCGCACGUUGCUCCUCCUGUCCCUGUCCUCAUGGUCAGUUAUUUUGUCCGUUAAGAAAUCUAGUUUGGCGGUAAUGUCGGUGUAUGCAUCAGCCAAUGUGUUGUGUGCGCUUAUGAUUUCGUCUGUCUUGUCUUCCAAGUGUGCAGUUCGCUCAUCUAUUGCGUGGAUGUCGGCUUUGAUGUCUCUAGCCAAUUUAGUGAACUCCAUUUGCAUGGAACUUUUGAGUUCUGCCAGCAUCUUUUGAAUGGAGGAGUUAGUUGCUGGUACAGCAGCAUGUGUGGAGAUAGAUGUGUUGUCACUGCCAUCAGAGCAGGACGCCGGCGAGGGCGGGUUGUCGGCGCCAUCUUGGAUUUUUCUGCUCGGCGAGGUACGCGCUGAAAUUAGUAGGUCUGCCGGUUUUUGCUUGGGUUUCUUUGUUGCACGGUGUGCCAUGAUCUCUAGCAACCCAAGGGAGCUUGUGUUUGCGGUUUUAGGCGCUGUUAUAAUCGCUGUGUGCCGUCUCAUGGGCAGGAGCUCGCGGCUUACACGUCCGUCUUGGUUCGUCGCGUGGCCACGCCCCCCUACAUGCUUAGUUUUAAUAGUUUUGAUUUAACCUAAGCCUAGGUUGGUAGCAUGUAUACUACUGUUCUCCUAUGUGGUAGUUUUAAGGUAUUCUGUCCUAGCUAAUUGUGAACCCUGAACAACACCACUCUCAUUAAUACUAUAUACCGAAUGACUGUAAGGCUAGCUCCACAGGAGGGUAAUAUCUAUGUUUAGCAAAACCCCUCCUGAUGUUGUUGCCUCUAUUAGUUGUAAAACAUCUUAGUUCAGUCACCACUGUCAUCUAGCAAGUGUUAACCUAGUUUAAGCAAAAGAACCAAUUGAAUACCUGCUAUAGCUCUAAUCACUUGAUGGAUCAUACCCUCGCUGCCACCUACAGUUCUAGGAUCCAGCUAUAGUAACCCUAUAUAUGUUUCACUCUACUAGAAUUGUAUUUAUGAAGCCUGUAAUACAAGAAUCAAUUAAUGCACAGUGUAACAAGAUGCCUGAAAUGCCUUGAAAUUCCAUAUACAUACAAACACUAGUAGUUUAACCUGCAUUGUUAUCUCACGUAAUAUAUAAAAAGAGGAUGUUCCAUGCUGGUGUUUAAAUACCUUGUAUAUCAUUUGUUAAUAUGCUCUAAUUCCCUGUUUACUUGCCUAAUAUUGAAUACCUGAAUUGCACAAGUUGAUACUAAACCACCACACACACUAACCAAGCCUGCGUACAAAGCAACUUACACUAAAGUCGAUGUUCUAACGUUAGCAAUUUUAUGUUUAUAUUAAGAUAAUACCUAAGAACAUCUUAGAAACAGGCAUCAAAACCCCGCUUAGCGUAGCACACAAGGAAGCAUUUUAUAAAAGGGCCACCCGAUGGUACAGAACCCCAGAUAAGUUGCACUCAAUCUGGCCGUCCAUCAGCGGCUCGUGUUGGAGAUGCUCCAAUGGCCGCGGCGACAUGGAACACAUAUGGUGGAGCUGCAGAGAUAUCCAGGGAUUCUGGUCUCUCAUACUCUCAACCAUCACAGAAAUACUAAAACCACCAUCACACCUAUCCCCAUCACAGAUUCUACUAGGUUGGCCCCACACAUUCCCAGAGCCCCAUAAACAACAAUUACUACAACUCCUACUAGGGGAAGCCAAUGCUCUUAUCCCCCUAUAUUGGCGGACCACCACCACACCUACCAAAGAACAGUGGAUACAGAGGGUAGAUCACACAAGAGGCAUGGAAGAUAUACACUGGUCAAUGUUGGGGAAAAGACACAUACAUCUCCAAAGAUGGAGCCCCUGGACGGAAUUCUGGGAGAAACCCUUGGGAGUGCAGGGAACUUAGAUGCCCUUAGAGUAACGCACCGAAGACCCAGGCAUGUUGGCGACCUAAAGUCCCAAUUUGAGUCACCUUGGUAGACACCGCUCAAGGCACACUCACUACUAUAUUAAGUUGAUGUAAGAGGCAGGACACCCCUAGCCCCUACCCCUUCCCCUGUUUCAUGUUCUCACCCGCGGCCCGUUGCCGAACUUAGUUGCAUACAGACCCUUCCGACGACCUAUAACAGAGAGUGCCCCGUAUCCGAUUAAAUAAUACAGGAAUAUACAUAUUAUUAAAACCGCCCCAGGAACGAUGCAGACAUCACACCACGGAACAAAAUGAUAUGUGUAAUAGCACGAACUGUUAGAUGACCUUAUUAUGUAUGCAUUGAAUGUCACCUAUUUCUUUUUUCUGUAUCCCAUACACGUUUACUUUCGGAAAUAAAGAAAAAGUGAAAUAAAAAAAUAAAAAAAAAGAUAAUACCUAAGCAACAUAAAUCCAUACUGUUUAUAGCCUAAACAAAAAAAAAAUGUGCUUGUUCUAUCAUGUACCUCUAUGUUUAACUGUUUUCAUGCGCUAGAGGAUUGCCUUUGGGGUACCUCACAUGCGAAUGUUAUAAACUUCCGCACGACAAAAAUAAAGAAUAAAAAAAAAAAAUAACUGGUUGAACCUCCUUUGGCAGCAAUAACUUCAACCAAACGUUUCCUGUAGCUGCAGAUCAGACGUGCACAACGGUCAGGAGUAAUUCUUGACCAUUCCUCUUUACAGAACUGUUUCAGUUCAGCAAUAUUCUUGGGAUGUCUGGUGUGAAUCGCUUUCUUGAGGUCAUGCCACAGCAUCUCAAUCGGGUUGAGGUCAGGACUCUGACUGGGCCACUUCAGAAGGCGUAUUUUCUUCUGUUUAAGCCAUUCUGUUGUUGAUUUACUUCUAUGCUUUGGGUCAUUGUCCUGUUGCAACACCCAUCUUCUGUUGAGCUUCAGCUGGUAGACAGAUGGCCUUAAGUUCUCCUGCAAAAUGUCUUGAUAAACUUGGGAAUUCAUUUUUCCUUCGAUGAUAGCAAUCUGUCCAGGCCCUGACGCAGCAAAGCAGCCCCAAACCAUGAUGCCCCCACCACCAUACUUCACAGUUGGGAUGAGGUUUUGAUGUUGGUGUGCUGUGUCUUUUUUUCACCACACAUAGUGUUGUGUGUUUCUUCCAAACAACUCAACUUUGGUUUCAUCUGUCCACAGAAUAUUUUGCCAGUACUGCUGUGGAACAUCCAGGUGCUCUUGUGCAAACUGUAAACGUGCAGCAAUAUUUUGUUUGGACAGCAGUGGCUUCCUCUGUGGUAUCCUCCCAUGAAAUCCAUUCUUGUUUAGUGUUUUACGUAUUGUAGAUUCGCUAACAGGGAUGUUAGCAUUUGCCAGUGACUUUUGUAAGUCUUUAGCUGACACUCUAGAAUUCUUCUUCACCUCAUUGAGCAGUCUGCGCUGUGCUCUUGCAGUCAUCUUUACAGGACGGCCACUCCUAGGGAGUGUAGCAGCUGUGCUGAACUUUCUCCAUUUAUAGACAAUUUGUCUUACCAUGGACUGAUGAACAGCAAGGCUUUUGGAGAUACUUUUAUAACCCUUUCCAGCUUUAUACAAGUCAACAAUUCUUAAUCGUAGGUCUUCUGAGAGCUCUUUUGUGCGAGGCAUCAUUCACAUCAGGCAAUGCUUCUUGUGAAAAGCAAACCCAGAACUGGUAUGUGUUUUUUAUAGGGCAGGGCAGCUGUAACCAACACCUCCAAUCUCAUCUCAUUGAUUGGACUCCAGUUGGCUGACAUCUCACUCCAAUUAGCUCUUGGAGAUGUCAUUAGUCUAGGGAUUCACAUACUUUUCCCACCUGCACUGUGAAUGUUUACAUGGUGUGUUCAAUAAAAACAUGGCAACAUUUCAUUCUUUGUGUGUUAUUAGUUUAAGCAGACUGUGAUUGUCUAUUGUUGUGACUUAGAUGAUGAUCAGAUAACAUUUUAUGACCAAUUUGUGUUGAAAUCCAUAUCAUUCCAAAGGGUUCACAUACUUUUUCUUGCAACUGUAUUUACAGAACAUUUUACAAGCAAUUUAGUAUCAAAAUAAGAACAAAUACUUUGCUAGAUGCAGAAAACAUCCAAACAUCCAGCUAAUACUAAACAUUUUUAUUUUCUCACUCUUGUCUUUGGCUAGCUGCAAACAAAUGAAAAUCUUGAUCCUGGUAGAUCUGUACAUUUCAUGAGAAUAAUUAUCGCUGUUUCUUUGUAUAAUAUACUUUUUCAUGCAAGUGGCAAUUACAUGAAAGAUUAUUCUGUCUUUGAAGUUUUCAGGUUCAAUCUGUCUGCGGUGUAGCGUUUCCUAAGCCUUGAAAUGAGUAAAAUUAUGAUCCUACUGAAACUUUGAAGAUAAAAGUGAAAGCCUUUUCUACACGGGACAAAAGUUUGAAGUCACUUCAUCUACAUUCAUUUUUUAACACCAGCGAGAUAUCUCUGCAUGCCAGCUAGUUUAAAUCCAGGUUAACAGUACUUGAGAAGGCUGAGAACCCCCAGCUACUCCAAAUACUUUGAAACUCUGUGAUCUAUUUCAAAUGAAGGAGAAUGUCCUUGAUAGGACUUUGAAGCAUCAUUAAUUAGAGGAGACUUAAUGAUGUCACACAACAAAUAGUAAUGGCUUUAGGAGUUCCUUGGGAUAAGCUGUGUCUGCUUUAAAAUGUCACUGGAGAAUGUUAUUUAAUGCAAUUCUGACUUUUAUUUUAGGAUUCAAUUAAAGGAACACUAUAGUCACCUAAAUUACCCUGCAAUUUCACUGCUCAAUUCACUGUCAUUUAGGAGUUAAAUCACUUUGUUUCUGUUUAUGCAGCCCUAGUCACACCUCCCCUGGCUAUGAUUGACAGAGCCUGCAUGAAAAAAUAAAACUGGUUUCACUUUCAAACAGAUGUAAUUUACCUUAAAUAAUUGCAUCUCAAUCUCUAAAUUGAACUUUAAUCACAUACGGGAGGCUCUUGCAGGGUCUAGCAAGCAAUUAACAUAGCAGGGGAUAAGACAAUCAGGGCCGGACUGGCCCACCGGGAUACCGGGAAAUUUCCCGGUGGGCCGCGGCACCUGGGGGGCCGGAGAGAGAGAGGGAGCCCUGCGCCCUAAUAUUUUAAUAAUAUGGCGGCCGGCGGCCGCAUGUCGGUGCCGCCGGGUGGCCGGUCCAGCGGCACACUCUGAGGUGAAUACUCACCUUGCGGCCGGCGGCCCCAUCUCCUGUGCUGACAGCUGUCAGUAUCAGUGAGUGUGCCGGGCGGCCGCCUAAGCGUUCCGGCGGCACACUCACUGAUACUGACAGCCGCAGCACAGGAGGACUGAGGGAGGGGGCGGAGCUAGCUAUCAUGCUCCCUCGCGGUUCCCAGAAUUCCCAGCAUGGACAUAUCAUAGAGUAGUGAUUACUCUAUGAUAUGUCCAUGCUGGGAAUUAUGGGAACCACGAGGGAGCAUGAUAGCUAGCUCCGCCCCCUCCCUCAGUCCUCCUGUAACAAGGUAAGCCGCACAGAAGGGGAAGAGUGUAUCAAAAUAGCCAAGACAAAUAGAGGAAGAGAGGGAAUGGGGAACAAAUAGAGGAAGAAGAGGGGGAACAGAGGGAAUGGGGAGACAAAUAGAGGAAGGGGAGACAGAGGGAAUGGGGACAAAUAGAGAGGGGGACAAAUAGGGGAAUAGAAAAGGGAACAACAAAGGGGAGGAGGGAGACAAAUAGAGGGAAGAGGGCAGACAAAGAGAGGGAAUGGGGAGACAUGGGGGACAGAGGGAAGGGAGACAAAUAGGAGGGAAUGGGGGACAAAUAGAGGGAAUGGGGGACAAAUAGAGGGAAGGGGACAAAUGGAGGGAGACAAAUAGGGAAGGGGGGAUAAAUACAGGGGAAUGGGGGGAGACAAAUAGAGGGGAAUGGGGGGACAAAUAGAGGGGUAAUAGAGAGACACCAGGGAAGGGGGGGACAAAGAGACAGAGGGGUAAUAGGAGGUUGGGGGGACAAAGAGAGGGGUAAUAGAGAGACACAGGAGAAGGGGGGACACAGAGACAGAGGGGUAAGAGAGAGACACAGGAAGGAGAUGGGGAAGAGAGACACAGGGAGGAGUUGGGGAAGAGAGACACACGGAAGGUUUGUUGGGGGGACAAAGAGACAUGCAGUAGGGAAGGGGAACAAAGUGACACAAGAUUUGUGGGAGGCAACGCUGGGCUGGGGAAAAAGAGACAGAGAGUGACUGGGAGAAGAGAAAGAGGCACACAGAGUCUGGAGUUAGAAAGAGACACACAGAUGAGAUUUGGAAGGGGAGAAAGAGACAAAGUGGCUGGGGCUAAGAACAACACAAAAGGGGCUGGGGGAAAGAGAAAUACAGAGGCUGGAGAAGGGUAAAAAUAAACACACAGGGACUGGGAUGAAGUAAAAGAUGCACAAGGGUCGCUGUAAGAGAAAAAAAGGAGACAAUUGGAGACAAGAUACACUAAACGAGGUAAAGGUAAUAGACGUAAAUUGAUGUGAUCCUGACAGUAAUACAAACAUAUAUAUAUAUAUAUAUGCAUGUAUAUUGAUGUGUGUAUUAGUAACAUAUAAUUAUGCCUAUAAUAUUUACACAUAUAGUAAUAUACAUUUAUUUAUGCAUAAUACACACAUAAAUGUCAUUAAAUAUGUCAUUAUAUAUAUAUAUAUUUAAUGAGCACGUAUUGGCCCUGUCUUGUUGCUAGUUGCAUACUCAUGCACAAUAACAUAUUCAAAGUGAAGAGCGCACCCAUAGAACUUCAAAAUAAACAAGAUCACUUCAUUUUUUAGUUGUGCAACUGCAGACAUUCAGCAUUUCAGUCCCAUUACUAAAAUGUCCUUAAUAGGCCAAAGUAGUUGUACUGAAACAUUACAUGUAAAUGUACGUCUACUUAAAAUAAAGGCGCUCUUUUGUUUAUUUUGAAGCCCUAUAUGCAUUCCUUCGUUGGAGUAAGAGUUUUCAAUUUCAAGUUAUUUUUUCACCCUCUUUAUCAGCACACUAUGCUGGCGCGACGCAUUAUUGGGCUGGUAUAGAAUUUUUUUCCAGGGAUUUUAGGUCCCAGUCCGGCCCUGAAGACAAUCUUAAUUAAACAGAACUUGCAAUAAAGAAAGCCUAAAUAGGGCUCUCUUUACAGGAAGUGUUUAUGGAAGGCUCUGCAAGUCACAUGCAGGGAGGUGUGACUAGGGUUCAUAAACAAAGGGAUUUAACUCCUAAAUGGCAGAGGAUUGAGCAGUGAGGCUGCAGGGGCAUGUUCUAUACACCAAAACUGCUUCAUUAAGCUAAAGUUGUUCAGAUGACAAUAGUGUCCCUUUAAAGUGCUGUUGGUAACACUUCGGAUAAUAUUUAUUUAAUACUAGUGUACAAAGUAUUCUUAUCUCCAUCACAUCAGUCUCUUGACUCCUUUUUCUGUACGGUUGAGACAAGUUGUCAGGAUCCAAAAUUCAUCAUUUAGAUGACGAGGUUAUAUAACAAAGGAAGGAUAACAAAUCAUUUCCUCUCAUUAAGAUGGAGUGAUGGUAGAAACAAGAACUAAUCGAGGUUCAGAAAGCCAGAGGGCAAUGCAAAUAUAACGAAGGGUCAGUACAGGCAACAUACAAACGGUCAGAUUAGAGAGAGACUAGACAGACAGAGAAUACAAGACACUCUCUAUAUAUACAUCGUUAUAGUAGGAAAAACAUGGGCACUCACAGGUAUUAAGUAUGCAAAGUAAAAUUUGGAUUUUAUUCCAUAUCAACAGCAAACAAGCAUGUUGGCGUUUCAGACCUCCUUCGGUCCUUUCUCAAUAUAUUACUUAUUGUAUGCUUUGCAAAGUGCACAGAUUACACUUGGGUGUCCAUCAUGUCUGUGAGUCAUUGUGAUCACUACAAAAUGAAUCAGCCUUUAACAUGUGGUGUCAAACAGACAGGAGAGUGAGGAUAAUGAUCGGAUUCUCAUAUAACCAUACAGUGCUCCCUAAGAGGCUAUUCUUUAAUGUGGGAACCACCGUAUGUGAUAAACAUACAUGGCAUGAAGAGGUCUAAUCAGCAAUCGACCAUCAACAUCAGAGUCGGUAACCCAUGUCCUUCCGGGUUAAAUGAAUGUAUUGUAGAGAACCCAUGGAUACAUGGAAAUAUACAAUGGUCUGAGUUUUGUAUUGUUGUAAAAUGAAAGCUGAUGAUAAAUUUAACCUAACCCCAAACUAUCUCAUUCUAAAUUGUUGCCUUAAAUGUUAUACAAAUAGUUUACGCUUAAUAACAUUGUAACCCUACAUAUAACUUUAAAUCUUACAAAUUAAAGGAAAACUAAUUUAAAAUGUAUAUGUUUAUAAGUUUGGAUUUAUCGCCCCAUUUUGUUUGCUUGUUUUUAAUAAUUAAAAUCAUUAUUAAAGUUACCUUUAUUAACGGAGCAAGAUAUUCUCCUCAAUGCAGCCUGAUCUAUCUAUAAUGAAGCCAUAAUUCCUGAUGACAUUUGUCCAAUCAAUGCUUUUUAUAGAGCAGUAUUGCGAACACACAGUGCGCAAUGCUGGAAUCGGCCUAUUCAAUGUGUCUAUAUAGAAGACAUCAGCAACGUUCACCAUUAUCAUGCUGUGCGUGAUGACACUGAAGUCCUAUCGAAAUGGAAGAAUAUGAAGGAAACAGCUGCUCUAGUCGUUAAGAUUUUAGGAAGUUCAAACGAAAAAAGUAACUUAUAUGAUAUAAUAAAAUGUGUAAUCGUAGAGAAACAGUAAUUAAUGAUGAUAAUCAGUUCCUGACUGGUCAUGGAUCAAACCAAGCAAAUACGUGGUGGGAUAUGAUGGUUAUGGGUCAUACUGGUACUUGGAGUGGUCACUAUUAAAGUGACAUUCCACUGACCAAAUAAAAAUAAAUAAAUUACUAUUUUGUAGAUAAAAAAUAUGCAUGCGUUAUUUAUGCAUUUUUUCAUUGAGGUAUGUGUAAAAAAAAAGCUUGCAAAAGUUGCAGAUCUCUUGUCUGCAGCCUUUGCGAGCCCUCCCUCCCCCCUUCUAACCCCGCCCAUACUUUCUGUGGCUGUCCAAUCACAGACUUCCCAAUGCAGCUCAAUGAGAUGUCUUUGCAAGGCAGAUGCUCUGGGCAAUUGUUGCCUCUUGAUUUUAACUCCACUGAGCUAAAAACAAACAAACAGGAAAAGUGAUGAAAGCAACCAGAAAUAAUGUUACAAUUUUUAAUACCACGGUUACCAGUGGUGGAUCCAGGAUGGGAGCACAAGGACAAGUGCCCUUUUACCCGAGAAGCCAUUGUGUGAUUUGUUGACCAGGGAGGACCUUGACAAGUGUCUCCGUCAAGAUUCCAGGGACAUUUAUUGUCUGACCAUCAGCAACUGCUGACUAAAGGAGCAUUCUCAUUGAGUGGGGGGGCAUUCUCAUCCCUGGCAUUUUGAGGGAUCACCUGUCAUGGCCCUCUUUACGAAACAAAUCUUACUCUACCACAGAUGUCCCUAGGGCAGAUAGCCAGGAGCAAUUGUGGAGGAUUUGAGUCACCCUCACAUGAUCACAAUAGCAUUUUUUUGUGCUGCAAAAGAGAGACCCAGAUUUGUAGAGUUCUGCGGAAUGAUUCCGCCCUCGUUCUUACUGGGUGUCUUGGUGUCUAACCCAUCACAUCCAAAGCUAGGGUGUGCAAGUGUUUACAAAACACAGAUUAGGAAACAGUGCACACACACACACAAAAAAACAGUUUUUAAGUUUUACAAGGCUACUGUUAGAUAGGUGAUUUAAAGUAGUCUGUGUCUGUAUGUAAUGUUUAUAUAUCUGUUUUUGGAAGUGUCUAGUAUCAUUGUAUGCGUAUAUUGUAUAUGUGUGUACAUGUAGUCAUUAGUCACUGUAUUCAGCUUUGUAGGUGUUAGUGAGCCUCAUUCCUGAAGUUUUUUUUUUUUUUAUUCUUUAUUUUUUCGUGCAUAGAUAAUACAUUACUUAUUAGCUCCCAAUGUCGCAACAGCUAUUGCCAGCGUUUCAAUAUACAUAGAAAGACAAUUGUUUGGCAUGAAUAACAGUGCACUUUUUUUUUUAAAUAAGGAAGAGUAAACAGCAGUGUAAUGCAAGUCAUGACUUGUACUAAAGAGGCUAACUAAGCUUAGCAACAGACUAUUCUUAUAGAAAUGUAUGUAGAUUAACUGAAGUUUUGCUGUAGAGUAAAUAAGUGAAUAUCCCUGGGUAGACAAAUGCACAAUACAAAGACAAUUAAACCUUAACUUUGAUUGUGGUGUGUCACCUAUGAUUUUUGCAUUGUUCAGCCUAUGCCCUCCACUGAGUGCCUAAUGGCCUUUUAAGAUAGAUUACAAGGGUCCUGCUCCGCGGCAUCUCACCAGCUCCAAUCUAGAUGACAGUCCUUCUCUCCGGUCCCUCGCGUUGUUGCGUGACGAGACUGGUUUUCUGAGCCUGUUAGGAAGAAUCCAUUGCAUGAGGUGAGUGAGAGUCAUCCUGUGUACUGAGUGGCGUAGAAGGGUUCUUCCCUUAAGGAACUGGGUCCUUUGCGAGCUGCGGGUUUCAGCUGAACUGAGCCGUCUGCAUCGGGUCUUUUUACGAGGCCUCCGCUUCGUCACCAGCCGCACUGUGUUAGGCUUUAGCCCGGCCUUUCUCAACUUCAGUCUGGGAGGGGUCGGAUUGGAGUGGGGCUGCAGUGGCUGACUGUGUCGUCCUCUGUAGGGUUUUUUCCCAGUAUUGUGCCCAAAAGUGCUCAAAGGCCUUGGCGAUACCGAAGUCUUGCAUGGCCCUGUUCAUUGGAGUCUGUAGUGUUCUGGGCACCAUGUUAGUGGCCAUCUUGGCUCUCCACGGGAGCCUUCGGGUCUGGGCAAGGGAGGACUGGGAUAACCCCCGCUUGUCUAUAAGGGGGUGGGAGCAUGUUCAGGCACCAUAGUCGACCCGCAGGCCACAACCUUGCUCCGUCGUGGAGUUCCUGGCCAUCAGCUGUACAGCUGCUUACGUUGUGUCUCCAGUCUGUUUACGGGUAACUUGUAGUAGCAUUGUAUGGUUUGUGGUGUUUUUUUGCUUGGAAAGUAGGCAGAAUAUGGGUCUCAGGCCUGGAGCUCAGGCAACAUCCAACCAUCCAGUUCAGCAGUCAGUCUCCACCCCCAGCCAUCCAGGGUUUAGCCUGUAGAUCUCUCACUGGCUUUUACUGGGUACAUUCCUGCUGGAUGUCGUGGCUAUAAAUAUCACAAAUAGCAUCCAUGAUUCCAUUCACUGAAAUGUAAUCAAUUCAACAUACUGACAUUUUAUAGAGGCAUCCUAAUGAUCAGCUCAAUAUUGCAGUUGUUGUAGUUAUAGUGGAAAUAAUCUGGGGUUAUUUUCAUGAGCUGUAUGGAAGGCUCUUUACCUCACCAUUAGACUGCACUUUAUUCAUAAUGUGGUAUUUACACUUGUACAUAAUCAAUAUCCAUUCCAUACGACACAAAUGGCGAUGAAGUUAUCGGUGGGCUAACCAGAGAACUGUUUUAAUUAGAUAUAUUUAAUUCAAGAUAUCGAACGGUGUUAAUGAACAUUUGAUUCACUGACACAUAUACUCAGCUAGUGCGCGAACCUCAAACUUUGUGUAAAGAGCAAUGGCUAGCUUCAAGGAGGAGAUAAAGCACUUGCAGUGGAGCUUACUACAGAAGAGCCAGGUUUGCGAUGGAGAAGACAAUGGCAGACCCUGUAUCUCGGAAUUGGUGGGCUUGUUGACAAUGGUCUUGUUUUGCAUGGAUGUGUGGUUUAUGGGUGAAUUUCUUUUGGUAUGGAAGGUUGGACUUGCACUGAAGGGCUAGGACUGGGGUUGCCAUAAAGAGAUAGAGGCUUUCCACAGAGGGGAUCAUUAUCACCUUGAGUGACAUUGGAAUUAUUUUUUUAUUCAUAUUCAAAUUAAAUAAAUUCCAUAUUGUCUUUUGGAAGGUAGGGUGAGGCCGUAUUGUCAGUCAGCACGUAUAGCUGCUGUUCAGUAAAUCAACAGCAGAUUAUCAGCUCAUCGGAAGCAAUCUGAUAAGAGGGACUUGAUUGUUUUUAGGGAGGGGGUUAGAUCGAUGGACAGGUGCUGACUGAGAGCCGCUAAGAGGUAGAUUCCCAGCCAUAGCAGAGCUGCAACUUCCUUGAUCCCUAUGGAGAGGAAAUGCAGAGUGGCCACAUGAGCUGAAGGGAAGCCCUAUUUUGUAAUGCAAACUAUACAAAAUGUGCAAAUCUCUCAUAUGGCCAUGUAAUUUGCAAAUAUAAAAAGGGGAUACUGAUAUAUUAAGCUGGUCUAAUGGGAAACAAAGGGGUUUUGUCACUAAACAACAAACUGUAGAUGCCUGUAAUUUAAAUUACAAAAUACAGGCAAAAAAAUGCUGGGAAUUUAGAAAAAAGCUGUGGUUGGAACCAGGUUAUUUUAUACUACACGGUGCAAUUCCAUUUUUCAAGUAUUUGCCUUAUAAUGUCCAAAACUGAUUAGUAUCCCUGACAAACAAAGUUAAAAUGGAAUUUUAUCUUUAUUUGCACUUGCUGAGGAAAGACAAAACUAUUUGCAAAAAUAUCUGUAACAUUUUUGAUGAAUGUUAUUCAUAUGCAGGGGCGUACCUCGAGAUUUUGGUACCAGGGGUGGAUCCUAUAUUUGUCCGUGCCUCCACCCCCCCAACUUUAAAAUAUAAAAAAUACCUACAAAAUAUUUUAAUGUAUUCAGCACUCAGAUACAUAGACAGACAGGUGCACACUGACAGACAGAUACACACACACACACGGCUACAUAGACAGAUACACACAUACAAGCACACAGUCACAAACGGAUACAAACACACACACAUGCAGCUACACAUACAGGUACAGACACAUACAGAUACACUGAUAAACACACUUACAGAUACACAUAAAGAUACACACAUACAGAUACACAGACACAGGUACACAGUGCGUAUAGUGGAUGCAAAGUGUGCAUGUGUGUGUGGAUGCCCUAUGUGUAGUGGAUGCAGUGUUUGUUUAUGUAGUGGAUGCAGUGUCUGUGUGUAGUGGAUGCAUUAUAUGUGUGUGUGUGUGUGUGUGUGUGUGUGUAUAUAUAUAUACACCCUGUUCCAAUAUAUUAUGCAAAUGAUAUUUUUCUCAUUUACCUAAAUAAUUGAUGUAAAUAACAGUCAGCAUAAUUCUCAUGUUAUCAGCUAUUAAGAGUACAAUUCAAAUUUUAUUGAACAAACCUCCUAAUUAAAACAGUAUUUAUUUUAAACAUAAAAAACUUACAAUGCACUGUUCCAAAGUAUUACGCACAGUAAGUUUCAAAACUCUUUAUAGGUUGUAAAGAACUGAAAAUUGUCAUUUGUUGUGUUUGCAGCAUAUAUACUGAUAUCAAAAGCUAUUUCAAUCAAACUUAUAACAACAUUUUAACUUUUUUUAAACAUUUUAACAGGUCACGUUACAUUUUAACAUAGGACCCCUUAUUUGAUAGCAGCUUCAGAAGUCUUGCAACCAUUGAACUUGUGAGUUUUUGAACAGUUUCAGCUUGAAUUUGUUUGCAAGAUGUUAGAAUAGCCUCCCAGAGCUGCUGUUUGGAUGUAAACUGCCUCUCACCCUCAUAGAUCUUUUGCUUGAGGAUGCUCCAAAGGUUCUCAAUAGGAUUGAGGUCAGGGGAGGAUGGAGGCCACACCAUUACUUUCUCUCCUUUUAUCCCCAUAGCAGCCAUUGAUGCAGAUGUAUUUUUUUGCAGCAUGAGAUGGUGCAUUGUCAUGCAUGAAGAUGAUUUUAUUACGGAAAGCAUAGUUCUUCCUUCUGUACCAGGGAAGAAAGUGGUCAGUCAGAAACGCCACAUACUUUGCAGAGGUCAUCUUUACACCUUCGGGAAUCCUAAAGGGGCUGACCAGCUCUCUUCCCAUGAUACCGGCCCAAAACAUGACUCCACCACCGCCUUGCUGAUGUCACAUCCAUCCAUCUAGACCAUCCAGGGUUGCACGGCACUCAUCAGUGAACAGGACUGUUUGAAAAUUAGUUGUGGCGGAACCAACCUCGCCACUAUGCACUGGAGAAGCCUGGUUGCCAGCCUCCUGCCAUGUGACUAUGGCCCCUGGGAUGUAUUGCCCUUUAAAAACAUGAUUUGGGCAUAAUGGAUUUGUGUUGUGCUGCUGAUAGCCCUUUUAAGAACCAUCUGGGGACAUACUGUGGAGUUACUGGGUGGCCACCAUUUCCUGUAUCAGAAGCACAUGGUGAGAACAAUGGAUGGACAUUUUAACUCACAGACACUGUGUGGACUUUUCAACACGGUGCCAUCUUGCCAGUAUUUGUUGCACAGAGACAUCGUGCGGUGGUUGUGGACUAUACAGCAGGGGACACAUUAUUCAGUGAUUGUUUUUUAUUUAGCCUGUAUAUGUUCUGCAGAAUCUGCAUUAAACUGUAUUUUCCAAAGUACUGAACAGAUCUGGGUGAAUUUUGGAUAUGUGGUUCACCCAGAUCCCCCAGUUCCAAUGAUAUACUUUUUAUGGGGUUAUUGCAUGUUUUGGGGUCCCUGUGAUGUGUUUUAUGAAACUGUAUUUCAUACAGCCAGAGGGGAGGAUUUUGUGUGGGAGUGUCUGGGUGUAUUGUAUGGAUUGAUUGGCUGUUUUGUAACGCCCUGUGGGCUGUACUAUGUUUGUGGAUUGGGAAUAAAAGAGACUGUAUGUGACAGUACAGGGAGUUCCUGUUUUUAACCCUCAAGUGUCGUCUCAUUGUAUUGUUCCAGUUUGAUGCUAGGAGAGUAAACCUAUUCGUAUGGUUCCUAUUCAACUGUCUACAGCAUUCAUAUGCUUGGGAGAAUUUAUUUGUUUCUCCGGUUCGGUGAUUGUGGUGUCUGCCAGAGUGCUUGGAGUCCUCAGGAAGCGCUAGGAGCAUCCUUCAACUGAGGUACCCAGUCGGGGGUGCCAGGUGAUCCGUUACAUUAGUCUUCAUGUAUUUUUCUGCCCAAUGCAGCCGUUUCUGCUUGUGAGCAUUGGUUAGUGGUGGCCGAAUAGAAGGUUUAUGCACAGUUGCAAGACUCUGGAGGACUCUACACCUUGAUGUCCAUGGGACUCCAGAGGCACCAGCAGCUUCAAAUAUCUGUUUGCUGCUAUGUAAUGGUAUUUUAGAAACUGCUCUCUUGAUCUGAUGCAUGGAUCUGGCAGAAAUCUUCCUCAAUGUGCCUUUAUUUUCACGAACCCGUCUGUGCUCUGAAUCAGCCACAAAUCUCUUAAUAGUGCGAUGAUCACGCUUAAGUUUUCGUGAAAUAUCUAAUGUUUUCAUACCUCGUCCAAGGCAUUGAACUAUUGCAGAGAGAUCCUUUUUCUUCCCCAUAUUGCAUGAAAAUGGUGCUCUGAUUAAUAAUGUGGAACACCUUCCUUUAGUAGUUUUUCCUUAAAUUGGGCUCACCUGGCAAUCUAAUUAUCACCGGUGUCCGAAAUUGUUUUCAGUGAUCAAAAGAGCCCUGAGUCACAAUGCCAUCCACGAGUUAAACUGAAAAACAAAAUAUUUAAUCUUUGACACUUAAAUAGAAUUUGCAUAAUAAUUUGGAACAGGGUGUAUAUGUGUGUGUGUGUUGUAGGAAAGAGACAAGGAGGGUGACAGUGGGAGGGCAGGGUGUAGAAGGGUGACAGUGUUAGGGGCAGGAUUUGGGGGUGUCAGUGUGGGGGACAGGGUGUAGGAAGGUGACAGGGAGGUGUGGGGGAUUAAUUAACCCACCCUGCCUCUUACCUGAGGGUCAGGAAGAAGGGACAUUACAUUUGCAUUGUGGUCCGGUGGCACAGCAACUUGUAGUCUGUAGAGGGGCCCAGGAGUCUCCAUGUUGAACGUAAAUCAGCAACAGCUCCUCUCCUCUUGUGACCCGCAAGAGCAUUGACGUGGGUUGCCAUGGCAACACUCCUGCAUGGUUUGCGUGUUUAUGAGCCAAAAAGUUUGUGGUGAGGCCAACCACAAUAAAAUCACUACAGUGUAAUACUGUUGCUUGGAACGUAGCCUAAAAAGCCGCGAUGACUGGUAACACAUUUUGAGAGCUCCAUAAAGAUAAGCAAAAUACAGGCUCUAAUUUAAACCCUGAAAUUACCCUGCUGAAAUAUUCCGUAGCUGGGAGAACACGGAGAUCGGUGGCUUCAGUUGAGGGCUGACCAGUAGCCUACAAAAGACCUACUCACAGGUGGCACAAGGAGGAAGCCGAGCCUUCAGUAUGCUGCUGUAAUUUACUUCUGAGGUCUACCCUAUGAACUACCCUCCCCAUCGGUGAAGAAUCCCGGCACUUCCAUCAUCAUUGAAUCCUGUGGAAGGGGAAUCUGUACAGUCGAGAGAGUGGCCUUAUCCCAAAAUAGCAGCUGCCGCUGGUCACCCUUGUCCACAAUUUUAUGACUUUAUAAGUCGCACUAUAGGAAACGUUCCCGCAGAGGUGAGCAUCGCAAGAAGAAAUGGCACAGCAUUUACUCUGAGGGUUCUGCUUACCUGAAGGUGUUGGGAUCGGUCAAAAGUCAAAAAGAGACGGAUAAUUUUAGGCCGAACCCUGUUCUGUGGGACUGCGUCUGUGUCUUACCAGUUGAAGGAAUCGGCUGACCGCAACAUGAGGCCAUGGAUACUCUGCUAGGGCGUAAGGCAUUUAUCUUGGGUGGUAGCUUCCUUUUCACCUCCUUCCCUAACCUGCACAUGGGACCCGUAGGUUUUUUCUUAUUGUAUCACACUUUGUUAAUUUAAUCAUUAAUAUCAAAAAAAGUGAAAGUGCAGGGUGCCAGGCUCCUCAACCCUGUAAUUGUAAUUAUUGCAGUUUUUGAUAACCCUUGCAGGGUUAACUACACGUCUAGUGACUUUUGGUCGCCUAACUGGUGAGCAUAGGAGAACAUUAUAUAAUGCUUUCUUAUGGGGAAGUCCUAAUGUGAGUGCGAAGCUCGCCGUGCAUGCGCAUUAGGUCCUCCUGCCCACUAACAUCGGCAGAGGAGGAGCCUGGGCAGAUGUCCAACGGCACUGGAAUUCGGUAAGUGACAGAAGGUGUUUUUAACCCUUUCUGCACUAUGGGGGCGGGGGAGUUGCGAGGGAUGAUGAUACUAUAAGUGGCUAUAGUGCUUGCACUUUAGUUUCCCUUUAACCCCUUUAAGGACUGAGCCAAAUGUACACUUUUUGAUCAAAAUAAAACGUAAACAAAACCUGGAAUUUGACUAUGUCUGUUCACCCGUAAUUCACCUCUUUCAUAUUAUGUGCACCCACACUUAUUAAUCAUUUUUAUUCAGGGGAAACAGGGUGUGGCGAAACCGGCCUCGCCACGUGUCCUUGGAGGGGGCUGCUUGCCCGCCUCUUGCCUUUGGACUAUGGACCAGACUUUAUGAGAAUGUGUUAACCCAGAUAGCUAUGCCAUGGAGCCCAUUUGUGUAGUUAAAGACUUUGGCUCCAUAGCAAUUGAACUGUGUGAAUAGGAUCUGAGCGCUCUUCAGUAGUUUUGUGUGCUCAGAUCCCAGCUAUCUGGGGAUAUGUGAAAUGUCUGUGUGUUAUGUGAAAAGGUUACUUUAUGUAUUUUAAAGUGUUUUGUGUCUUUUUGCAACCAUGUGCUUAAUGGAGUCUUGUGUCUGUCCUGGGAGAUAAUUGAAUUACUCUCAGGAUAGAAGACUCUGAAACUGGUUUGGGCCAGAAAGCCAUGCUUCAUUUAGUCACAAAGGACUUUCCCUUAACUUUUGAACCCCUGGUCUGAUUCGUGCCAUUUUUUAAUAUGUUGUUCCCCUGAAUGGAUUGAUUAUGAAAAUGUAAGUUUUAUGUAUGUACGAUGUUAACUCACAAAGUUAUAAAAAUGUACAAAAAUUAACUUUUCAGCUUGGAGAUAAUUGAGUAGAUACAGUAAUUGACUCAAUUAUCUCCUAAGCAGAGGGGAGGAAUAUGCUGGGUGUGUUUCUAUUGUCCCAUUGUGUCUGAUUGGCUGCUGUACUUGCAUUGUAUGUGUUGUAAUGUGUUUAUUGGUGGUUCUGCAAAACCCUGUGGGCAGUACUAUGUUUUGUGGAUUGUAAUAAAAACCAGGCUGGGUGUGCCAGCACUGGAGUUCCUGUUUUAACCCUCAAAGUGAAGUGUCGUCUCAUUAUUGGGGGAAGGAUUUAUUGUAUGCUGUUCCAGUUUGACUGCUAGGAGAGUAAACCUAUUCGUAUGGUUCCUAUUCAACUGUCUACAGCAUUCUUAUGCUUGAGAGAAGGUGUCUGCUGCAGUGCUUGGAGUCCUCAGGAAGCGCUAGGAGCAUCUUUCAACGGAGGUACCCAGUCGGGGUGCCAGGCGAUCCGUUACACAGGGCUUUCAUUUAACAUCAAAUAUUUAGGUAUGAAACAUAAUUUAAUAUGAAUAAAAUGGGAGAAAAUAAGAAAUGUUUUUUUUUUUGUUUAGUUCUGAAUGACAUUUUAACUGUGAAUGUCAUAAUACUGUUUGCUUUAUAUAUAUAUAUAUAUAUAUAUAUAAUAAAAAAUAAAAAAAUUUUUUUAGGCCUUGGCCUGUAGUUGUGGGAACUUGAAUCCCUUUAAAAGGGCUGCCAGUCCUCUCCCACCUUACCGUUGAUGGUCUGGCAAGUUUGAGAGGAUUACUUCUGGUCAAACCGCCAUCUUGUUUUCUUACCUUUUUUCCUGGCUCCUGUUCUUCGCUUACCUGACCGCUUACCAAACAGUUUGUAAACCCAAGGGCCUCCUUCCGGCUUCCUCGCAGUCUGGUCUCGGCACGUUACACAUCAUCGCGGUAGGGGUCCGGUCACAUUUUUCGUACGUUCGUUUGAUUGUCAUUUCGUCACAUUCAGCAUAAUUUGUGUUUUAGAAUCAGCUCUAAUAUAUGUGUUGUAACGGCACCCCCAGGCAUAAAAGGGGUUAAACUGCUGUUUAGAGGAUAUUCCCCUUCCAGAUAUACAGGCAGCUACUAAAGACACCAAUCCGCCGAACAGGAAACCAUAUGAAUGCCGUAAACAGCCGAAUAGGAAAAACCAUACGAAUAGGUUUACACUCCUAGCAGUUGAACUGGAACAGCAUACAAUAAAUCCCCCCAAGAACGAGACAAGGCUCUGUUUUGAGGGUCAAGCAGGAACAGACAGAGCUGUUCUUAUAUACACAUUCUUACACAUUAGUACCACCCACAGGGUUUUGGAAAACAACCAAUAAACACGUACAAAACACUCAGACACUCCCCCACAAAAUCCUUCCCUCUGCCUGUGAUACAAUUACCUUACACAAUAUAGUUUUUCCACAUUAUUCAUAAUUUUAAAAGUAUGCAUCACAUUCACAUUUUCAGAAUCAGCAUACUCCAAAUACAAACAUACGUCAAAAUCAUACAAAUUGGUCCAGUGGUUCAAAAGAUAGGUCGUAGUCCUUUGUGACCAAAUGCAGCAUGGCUUUUCUGCCCAAAGCCAGUUCCACAGAGUCUUCUAUCCUGGAGAUAAUUGUGAAGUAAUCCAAUUAUCUCCAAGGACAGAGGCAAAACUCCAUUGAACAUAUGGCAGCAAAAGACAAUAAAAUACAUAAAAAUAUAUAACUGUGCAGCCAUUGCAUAAAACAGGUACAUUCAACAUAUCACCAGAUAGCUCAGAUCUGAGCGCACAUUAUUACUGAAUAGCGCUCAGAUCACACACAUACAGUUCAAUUGCCAUGGAGCCAAAGUCUUUCCCAUAGUCUUUCAUCAUACGAAUGGGCUCCAUGGCAUAGCUAUCUGGGGUAUCACCGCUCAAACAGGGCAAGCACCGAAUGACCCAGCUUUCACAUCUUUGCAGGGGAAAAUCAAGCAUUUCAACAUGGGGCCAUAGUCUAAAGGCAGCAGGCGGGCAACCAGGCUCCUCCAAUGCACAGUGGCGAGAUUGGUCUCGUCACAUGUGUUUUUCGUAUUUUAAACGCACGAAUGCAGCCUUUCGUUUCGUUUCACUGCACAGUGCGUUCGUAUGUUUCAUUAAGCCACCAAUUUUCAUACAAAUGCGUUUCAAGUGGCAAACAUACGAAUGAUCAGGUUUAAACAUUUAUUCUAUACAGGGGAUUCCUCCCCGUUUGGCAGUAUACUGCUGGUUAUGAGAUUGUUCACAAAUUCAUCCGAUUGGCCUUGUAAGUCAGAUGCCCCUAUUGGUUAGAGAGGAUAUUACAGUUACAAUUAUAUGGUUAUGAGUUGUGGCUAUUUCAAUAGAUUUGAUGUAGACUGGUUUUAUUUUAGCUGACCCCUCACAUUGCAUUCGUAUGUUUCAUUAAGCCACCUGUUUCAUACAAGCUUUCCUUUCGUAUCAGUAGGAAACAGGCGAACGAUUAUGGUGAAAUAAUUAUUCUAUUUAAGGGAUUCCCCCCUUUCGGCAGUUAUUUGCUGGAUUUUAUGUUAGUUCACGAAUACAUUCGAUUGGCCUAGUUUUAAGUCAUAUGCCCCUAUUGGUUAGAAAGGUUAUUAAAGUUUAUGUUUAAUGGAUAUUAUUUGUGGCUAGUUUAAAUAUACUGAAUUCGGCUGUUUAAUUAAUUAUCUUUUAGCUGACAUUUGUCAUGAUGUUCCCACAGGUUUCGUUGCAGGAAAAUUAAGCUUAAGAUUUUGUGACAACUUUGUCAAUACUUGGCCUUAUUAGGUUGGUAAUUUGGUUUAAGGUUGUACUCAUUGAAAGUUUUAUUUUAUAGUGGGCAUUAACAUCUCAAAUUCCUUUAGGUGCCUUGGUCAUUCAUGACAGUUGCUUUACAAGCACUAAAAUUCCGUCAUCUGCCUCUGUCAUAUUUUCACUGCUCAUCUAUAGGUUCUGGUAGGUUUCCUUUUAUUGUUCGGGCCCACGAUCUGGCCCACUCACAAAUCUAUACGCACAGAUACUCAUCACAUCUUAUCUAUGGGUUGCAGCACGUAUCUACUGCCACCCUCUCGUUCCUAUAUUUCUGCAUAGAAUCUCGUCCUGACUCAAACUUUAUCAGGUAUGAUUUCACAACCCCAUACCUUUUCUAUUUUAGAGUGGUACUGGCUUUUGAGAUUUAGGUUGUCCAACUUAGGUUUCUGUUUUCCGGUCUUAAUCCAUAAGCUAGUGGUGGUUCCGUGAGGCCAACACCCAUCCUCAUACUCGGAGGUAUACAUCCCUCCAGACAAAUCAUAGGUAUCCGCCUCGCAUUGUCGCAUAGAGAGGGCCUCCCAUGUCACUCCAAUUCUAUCUUAUGCUUUAGUUACCACCGAGAGGCCAACACCCCACCACAACGUUUCGAUGGCUUCAAACUCCCCUCGGGCCAACGCAUAGUUAUCGCCUCUCACGCCGCUUGGCAAUUAGUAGGGACUCAUCUGUCACGUUAAGGCAUCAUAAUUCUUCGCCGCUUGGCUUCUAGCUAGCCUGCCAGUACCCGGUCUCUUUGUCUCACUUAUAGUAUUUAAGUUGCAUAUAUAUAUUUUCAGUUACAUAUCAAGUUCCUGAGGCACUUUGGGUUUUAGUUCAUGUAGGUUGUUACACGUUUGUUCUCAUUGUUUCCAGGCUCAUACAAAAUCCAUGUGCCCGAAUAAAGUUUUCCUAAACCUUACCACACUUGCAUCAACGUCACGUUAUUGGCUGCACUGUUACAACACCAUCCAUCACUGCAUUUGGUUAAAUGUAUCAUCAAAGGACUGUCUGAGGGGUUCCACACGGGUUUAGUACACUUGCCAACUGGGACACUAGAAUGCAACAAUUAGAGUUAGUAUGUACACUCAUAAGGACUGAAGUGGAUCAAGGUUUUGUUGGGGCCUUUUGGUUCCCCACCUUUCACAUCUUGGAGAACCAACCCCAUAGGGGUUGUCACGGGGAAAACUUAAUUUAAACCCAGACUUAUCAUUGACUUAUCAGCACCACAUUCCUCCACUAUUCCCAGCCUUAAUUCCCUUAUACCCUCCGACGAGUUUGUAGCGGAGAGCUGGUCUUUCACAGGUUAACUCCACUAAAGAUCCCAGUAAGGCUCAGGAACAAGUUAUAAAAUACCAUAGGAGAAUAAUCACAGCAAGCAAGGUAAUCCACGAAUAUCCCAAUACGGAUCCCAAUGACUGGACGACACACAGCAUCAGGAGCAGAACUGACUUUUAAUGCACACAACUUCCUUAUAAAGCAUUCUCCCAUGCAAGGGAGGGAUUUGCAAUAAUUAGUACAGUAGCCAAUCCUCCACGAGUUGCCACCCACACAUCCCCUCCCCUUAUGCAGGACACAAAUUCCCUGAGUUUCUGGAUGUACCCCUAAGUGUAGGGGUACCCCUCUAAAUGUUACAUCCCCUGGUAGCCCUGAUCUGGGUGAGACACAUAUCCAAAAAUCACCCAGAUCGGACCAGGGGUUCGGGAAAUUUAUGGAAGUACUAAAAUGACCGAGCAGCCUUACACACAUGAACUGUGGGGUAGUUUGUCCCCCCAAAGGAUUUUAAUGUGGUCUUUGGGAUUACCGGUUUCUGUUGCCUGCGAGCAUCCAGGUAGUCGUCUGCUUUCCUAGCAGCCUCUGUGAGGGAUGUAGGGUUACGGUCCCUUACCCAUUCUUGUACGUCUGUUGAUACCCCAUCAUCAAAGGCAGAAGUGCCUUUGAGUUCCUGGCUAUCCCAGUCUCUUCACUAGACCUUAGGUCCUGAUACCAUCAUGCAAUUUUGGGGAUUCAACUGGACUCAAUCCACACGCAAGCUAGCCUUCUCCAGGACAAGAUUGAGAGCACCCUAUCAAGCACUGAGCACUACUUGCAAGUAGGUUUUUGCAACCGCAAGGAACUUCAAUCACUGCUGGGGUCGCUCAAUUUUGCCAUGAGAAUCAUCCCGCAGGGUAGAUCCUACAUUUCCAGUUUACUCUUUUUAUUCCCAUGACUCACCACAGACGUAUCACGUUAGACACUCACGCAACCUCUGAUUUACUCAUUUGGCGCUUUUCCUCACAUCUUGGAAUGGGCUAGCCAUAUUUAUCCCAGCCCCUCUCUACCCCUGUUCCCUACUCAAAACAAAUGGUGCCCUGUAAAAGUCCUGGAUACUUAUUUCAUCCCUUUCCAGAAACAACCACAUCAACCAUUAUUAGAACUUCAUGGUUCCUUCCUUACAACAUCUAAAUUCAUGCUUUAUUUUCGCUUACUGUUAACUAGGCUCGACCUAAAUGCAAACCUUUUCUCAGGACACUCCUUUCGAAAAGGGACAGCAUCUUCGGGGGAGACCUAAUGCGCAUGCGUGGCAAUGGCUGUGCACGUGCAUUAGACCUCCCAUAGGAAAGCAUUCAAUAAUGCUUUCAAUGCUUUCCUAUGGGAAUUUCGGCGACGCUGGAGGUCUUCACAUAGCGUGAGGACGUCCAGCAUCAUUUUAAACCACUUUUCGUGUUCUAUGAACACGGAAGUGUCCUCUAGUGGCUGUCUACUAGACAGCCACUAGAGGAAGACUUAACCCUGUAAGGUAAAUAUAACUAUUGCUGUUUAUGGAAACUGCAAUAAUUACACUUGCAGGGUUAAGGGUAGUGGGAGUUGGCACCCAGACCACUCCAAUGGGGAGAAGUAUCCCUUUAAGGAAUCAAAUUUCCACAACUAUCCCUGAGUUCUCAGCCUGAUUUGCAAAUGAGCACAAUGAGACAUUGUGUUCCACACUUCAUACUGCAUUUCUACAGUUAUCCUUAGCACUGGAUGCUUCUUUAACCCCUUUACUUCCAAUAACAUUUUAAUUGAUCAAAUAUUAGCCUGACAUUUGAGGCAAGGGAUGUAUAGCUAGUAUAUAAACUUAUCAAAUAACAUAUCAGUGCCAAAACAGACUCAGCCAUGAAUGUACAGAAUCUCAGAAAAACCUCAGUCACUAAAGGGUUAAAGUUCCCCGUUUACUUUCAUUGAUUGUUGGCAACGUCAACAUGGUUGCUCACACUGACCGGAAUUAUGUGGCACAAUGAGUCUUUAUUACGAGAUUAACCAAUACCAGGAAAAUGAACUUUACAAAUAUUAACUCAGUAAACAAAUAGUAAUAAUACCGGGAAUUGAGUCCUCCUAAUGCACUAACCAAUUAGUUCUGUCAUUACCCUGCCCAAUGUACGGUAUAUAAGGACAACCCGGGCCAUGCAUAGCCCUGUAAUGCUCAGAAAUCUAGGUUGAAGGUAGUAAGUAUUGUGGGUAUUUUAUCUUUAUUUAUUAAUGGAGAGCUAUUAGAAAUAUUAUGUCAUAUGAGGCCAGAAUGGGUACAUUCCAUUACUCUGGGUUAGGAGGGUGCAUUCUGUUACUCUGGGUUAGGAGGGUACAUUCUGUUACUCUGGGAAAGUAAUGAUAUAUCCUGUUACUCUGGAUUUGGAGAGCUACAUUCUAUUACUCUAUAUUAGGAGAGGAACAUUCUAUUACUCUGGGUUUGAAGAGUUACAUUCUAUUACUCUAUAUUAGGAGAGGAACAUUCUGUUACUCUGGGUUAGAAGAGGAACAUUCUGUUACUCUGGGUUUGGAGAGCUACAUUCUAUUACUCUAUUUUAGAAGAGGAACAUUCUAUUACUCUAGGUUAGACCAGAAACAUUCUAUUACUCUGGGUUAGGAGAUGAACAUUCUGUUACUCUGGGUUAGGAAAUGAACAUUCUGUUACUCUGGGUUUGGAGAGCUACAGUCUAUUACUCUAUUUUAGGAGAGGAACAUUCUAGUACUCUAGGUUAGAAGAGGAACAUUCUAUUACUUUGGGUUAGGAAAUGAACAUUCUGUUACUCUGGGUUAGGAGAUGAACCUUCUGUUACUCUGGGUUAAGAAAUGAACAUUCUGUUACUCUGGGUUAGGAGAUGAACAUUCUGUUACUCUGGGUUAGGAAAUGAACAUUCUGUUACUCUGGGUUAGGAGAUGAACAUUCUAUUGCUCUAGGUUAGAAGAGGAACAUUCUAUUACUCUAGGUUAGAAGAGGAACAUUCUGUUACUCUGGGUUAGGAGAGCUACAUUCUAUUACUCUAUUUUAGGAGAGGAACAUUCUAUUACUCUGGGUUAGAAGAGGAACAUUCUGUUACUCUGGGUUAGGAGAUGAACAUUCUGUUACUCUGGGUUAGGAGAGCUACAUUCUAUUACUCUAUUUUAGGAGAGGAACAUUCUAUUACUCUGGGUUAGAAGAGGAACAUUCUGUUACUCUGGGUUAGGAGAUGAACAUUCUGUUACUCUGGGUUAGGAGAUGAACAUUCUAUUACUCUAGGUUAGAAGAGGAACAUUCUGUAACUCUGGGUUAGGAGAGCUACAUUCUAUUACUCUAUUUUAGGAGAGGAACAUUCUAUUACUCUGGGUUAGAAGAGGAACAUUCUGUUACUCUGGGUUAGGAGAUGAACAUUCUGUUACUCUGGGUUAGGAAAUUAACAUUCUGUUAUUCUGUGUUAGGAGAUGAACAUUCUGUUACUCUGGGUUUGGAAGUGUAUAUUCGAUUACUUGUUUUUGGGAGGAGUAGAUUAUGUUACUCUGGGUUAGGAGGCAUUAAACCUAAGUCUGGUUUUGAAGGGAAACAUUCUGUUAUUCUGGAUUUGGAGUGGAAAAUUUAGUGUCUCGUUUUGGAGAAGUACAUUCUAUUAUUUUGGUUUAAGAGGGAUAAAUUCUCUAUGUUUCACUUCAUACCUAGUUACCGCACAAAAUAACUAAAAUCCCUCCUGCUUUGUAUUCUUUCAAUAGCAAAAUGGUUGAUUGUUGUAAAUUGGAAAGCAGGGAGGUUGCCAAAAUGGUCAGAUGUGGAAAGGGUGAUGCAGAGAAAUAGAGCAUUAGAAAGAGAGGAUGGACACUUAGGGGUUUACAUAGCCCCAAAGUAUAGGUGGGCCAUUUGGGACGACUAUUGUUUAUUCCAUGGACAAAAUUCUUUAUAGUUUUUGUUCCUCAUCAGCUCACUUCCCCAUGGAAUUUAGGAACAAUGUAUGUGAUAUGUGUGCGUUUGUUAUACAUGGGCAUUGAGGGUUUUGACACAGACAUAUCCCAUCUUCCCGGAUUUCCCACUAUACAGCUUUUGGAAUAUUUCCGCAUUCCUAUCUAUAUAGAGUGUCUUUUAUGUUAUAGGGCCUCUCCUCUAGGAUAUGGUUGUAGAUGAUGAUCAAUAUGUGGAGUUGGAAUAUGUCUCUAAUACAGGAUAAUGGGGAGAUUGGAGAUGAGAGUUGGGUAGAGUACCCCCCAGGUAGAUGGGUGAAGGGGUCAGAUUAUUAUUUGUAAUUUGGGUUUAUCAGCAUAUCAAGACAUUAUGUACUGUUUGAUAGACUGUUGUAUGUGUCUUUUAUUCUUUAUGUGUAACCUGUCUCAAACCAAUAGCUAUGUUGAGUGUGUUGUAUGUAAAUGUUCUUUUAUGUAUUUUGUGAUAAAACCAAUAAAAAUGUAUAUAAAAAAAAAGAGGGAUAAAUUGUUACUCUUGUAAUGAGUGGUGCAUGUUAUGGCAGUAGUAACAAGGUUGCAAAGGUCAUUAUUGUGACCAGCCCUAGAGCUCUGCUGGUCAAAUGGGUACUUUGGCCAGGGGGUAGCAAGGGGAGGGGUAUUUACAACAUUUACACCGUUAACACCCCAGCAUGGCUGUGAAAAUGUCCAGAUUUGCAGUCUGAAUGGCUCUGUACACAACCAGAUGGUUUUUCCCUAUUCGAUAUAGGACUCUUUGGACUUUGGUGAAUAGUCCUGAGACCUAUUGGCCUAAAGAGAGAGCCUAGGAACAGCUGAUGGAUUACUGUAGGAUCUGGUAGACUUAGAGUUGUGGAUAAAAAGCAUAUUGCACAGUCUGUGGCUCUACAUAAUUCAAUUUUAGCACUUUCAGACUAUAGUGGUGUUAUGGAGACAGGCUCAGGCACUGAGUGUAGUGGUGUUAUGGAGACAGGCUCACGCACUGGGUGUAGUGAUGUUGUUGAGACAGGCUCAGGCAACGAGUGUAGUGGUGUUGUGGAGACAGGCUCAGGCACCGAGUGUAGUGGUAUUAUGGAGACAGGCUUGGAGACUAUGGUGAGGCCUAAUAGAGAGCAUAAGAGGUGUGGAGAUGGACAAUAGUGGUCUUGUGAGAUGUCUCUGCUACUGCUCAGAGACAGGAGACAUUUGUAAUAUUAUUAAGCAAGCAAAGCAGGAAGGGGAAUUGGAUGUACUUGACUUGACUUGCAAUGAGGUUUCAGAGGUAAAUUAAGUUUUUUUUUGUGUUUUUGCCAAUGAUAUACGGCAGGUUGCUUCCACACUGUCAUUCUCUGAAGUUCUGCCUGUACAUAACACUCAGGACGACAGGCGGAUGCGUAUUAGUGACUUUAGUUUGUGGCUUGGUGAAUGGUGUCGGGAGCAAGGAUUUGGCUUCAUUUCUCAUGGUAGCUCUGUUUGGAAUGGAAAUAAACUGUACAAAAAAGAUGGUUUGCAUCUUUCUCAAAAGGGAACAAAUGUUCUCAGUGAGCAGUUCCAAGGUUUUGCUAGGAUGUAUUUAAACUAGGAGCGGGGGGGGGGGACAAAAGGGUGAUAAAACAUCAAUCCAAUUGCCCCCCAAAACAAGGACAGAAGGUGUCCGUAGCAAGUAUGUUAAAAAAUGAUAAGUUUAGAGUCAUGUCUACAAAUACUCGCAGUUUAGGGAAUACGAUCCAUGAACUUGUGGCAAUACUGGCAACUGAUAAUGUAGAUUUAGUCGCUGUUACCGAGACAUGGUAUAAUGAGAAAAAUGACUGGGACAUAGCAAUACCAGGGAACUCUUUAUAUAGAAAAGACAGGGAAGGCAAGAAAGAGGGAGGGUUGGCCCUGUAUGUGAAGGAUAGCAUAAAAUCUAGCCUAAUAAGAGUUAGUGAGGCGAACAUAGAGUCCGUUUGGGUUACGUUAGAAUUUGGUAAUCACACAGUAACUCGUGUAGGUGUGAUUUAUAGGCCCCCAGGACAAAUAGAAGAGUUAGAUAAUCUACUAAUUGAGGAAAAAUAGCUAAAAUGACAAUGAAGGGGGAAGUUAUCAUCAUGGGUGACUUUAAUCUUCCUGAUGUGAACUGGAAAAUCAAAAUAUCUGCUUGUGCCAGGCGCACACAUAUUCUAAACUCCCUACUGGAGCCAACGUUGAGGAGCCAACUCGUAAGGAGGCCAUACUAGAUUUAGUGUUAACAAAUGGAGAUUUGGUGUCAGAUAUUACUGUAGGUGGAAGUUUAGGAUCCAGUGAUCAUCAGUCAGUGUGGUUUAAUAUAAGAACAGUCACACCACACAAAAACAAGUCAUCCGCUGUGAGUCUGCUUGCCAUUAUUGUUUUUUUUUUUUUUAAUGGAUAUCACUGUAAGGCAGGGGUUCCCAAUUAAUUUUUCCUGUGGAACCCUUUGACAUAGUGUAUCAACAUCCAGGAAAAAAAAUAAUUGCGCUUUUUUUGUAUGUGCCGGUGUGUCAGUGUGUGUAUAUCUGUGCUUGUACGUGCCACAGAUACACAGGCACACACACAAACACACACACACAGGCAUAUAGUGGCACACAGAUACACACACCUUGACACACAGUGUGUAUCUGUGUGUGUGUGUGUGUAUGUAUGUAUCUGUGUGUCAAAGUGUGUAUCUGUUUUAUAUGUCUGUGUAUCUGCGUAUCAGUGUGUAUCUGUGUUUGUAUGUGCCAAUGUGUAUGAAUCUGACACACUGAUACACACACACACACACACUGGCAGAUAGUGGCACACAGAUACACACACUUACAGAUACACACACCUUGACACACAGAUACACACUGGCACAUACACACGCUGACACACUCAGAUACACAAACACACACUCACUGACAAGCACACAUUCACUCUCACUGACAAACACACAUAUAUACUCUUUGACAGACACACAUACAAUAUAUUUUUUUUUUACAUUUUACUCCACCCAGCUCCCCUACCUAUAGAAGUGCUGGCAUGGCGUCCCUGAGGUGCAGUGGGGCUGCUGGUGAGCGGUCUCUGGGGUUCAGUGGGGCUGCUGGGCGGCUGGCGAGCGGUCCCUGGGAUCCCGUGGGACUGCUGGGUGGCUGGCAUACGGGCGGCAAGGGAGCAGUGAUCUACCAUCACUGCUAUGCGUGCGAGGGAGCCGAGCAGGGAGAUCACUGGGUAGUGGUGGUUUGUAGAGUGGGGUGAGGAGGGGUUUGUAGAGGGGGCAGGGGCUUUUGUACAAGGGGGCAGUCGGUUUUGUAGAAGGGGGGCAGUCGGUUUUGUGGAAAGGAGGCAGUCGGUUUUGUAGAAGAGCGGGCCAGCAGAUUGUAAAUGUACCUAGGGAGGUAUCAGUCUUAAUUAGAACUAAAUAAAUGCUUAUUCAUAUUUUCAUUCUUAAUAUUUUUGUUCUUCGUAUUUAUGUUUUAUUGUACUCUUAAUGUAUUUUAACAUAAAUAUUUAUUAAUAUCAAAACACACUUAGGAUGUAAUGUUAUAUAUAUGUAAAAUUUUAUAUAUAUAAAAUUCUUAGAAACAUUUAAAAAAUUGCGGGUGUUUUUUUUUAAUUUUAAUGCGGGAGUGGUGUUGCCAAACACAGGAUCCGCCCCAGGUGCCAAAUACUCUAGGUACUAGGUACGCCCUGCUGAGAGCAUCCAUUCAGAUCACUGUAUUUGCUUCUCUACUCUGCAGGUCUCGGAUUGGACGAUUUCACUAUGAAAUUCUUUGUGAUUCUGCUUGUCCUGUCACCAGGAGCAGUUCUCAGCAAUGAAUGUAUCAACGAAUGUUCUCUCACUGAUCCCACUUCACUGAACAGUCUCAUGCAAUCAGUGGGUAAGAGAUUUCACUGGCUCACACUCUGCCAGUCACUAACACACAGAGAAAUGAGUACAGAACAUCACACAGAGGACUGGACAGCCAUCGGGCAAACUGGGCAAAUGUCGGUUUGGCCCCAAUGGGCAUGGACUGAGGCCAGUAGGGGAAAUCAAAAGAUCUCCCCUGUCAGCCCAUGUAGGGCAACAAAGGCUCUAAUAGGCACCACUGUCUUUUCAAGAAUAAACCUGAAGAAACCGUAAGUCAGAUUGCGUAUUAGUACUUUUCAUUAAUAUAGACAAGACUAUAUAUACAAAAGACGUAUAUAUCAAUCAACUGAAGAGAAGAAGAAAUUAAGAAGAUUCAACAUUAACGUUGUCGAUUCCAACCAGAUUUUACAGUAAUUAUUGCAGUUUCUCAGAAACUGCAAUAAUGACCACUGUAGGGUUAAAGGACGGGGAUUGUACCCAAACCCAUUCAAAGAGCUGAAGUGUCUCAAUUAAGUGUUCUGGGUGAGUGCCCCUGUCCCCUUAACCCCUUAAGGACCAAAGUUCUGGAAUAAAAGGGAAAUGUGACAUGUCACACAUGUCAUGUGUCCUUAAGGGGUUAAAGGGAAUCUGUACUGUUUAUCUGGCUCUCCACUCCCCCGUCACAAUCUAAAGAGGUGAGUGUUACACUUCUCUUCUGUGCUGACUUAUCUAACUUUGGGACACUUCCCUAUGCAAUGCAAACCUUUUCCAUGAUGCUGGCAUGCUGCCUUCGUUCAUAAGCCGGCAUGCUGUAUGUAACGGACCGUUUUACCCACAAGAGGUUAAUAACCGUUUAGGCAAUAUUCCCCUUUCAGAUGCACAGACAGCUACUGCAAUCACCAAUCUCCCGAACUGCAAACUACACGAAUUCUCCAACUCCUGAACAGGAAACUCCCGAAUACUGGAAACAGCUGAACAGGAAAAACCAUACGAAAGGUUUACACUCCUGGCAGUCAGCAUACAAUCCAAUUCCCCCAAUAACGAGACAACACUUCGUUUGAGGGUUAAGCAGAAUCUGUUUACUGGCACCAAGAAAACCUUCUUUUAUGCAGGUUUCCCUUAGAUAGGACCACCCACAGGGUUUUACAAAACAACUAAUCAUACACGUACAUUACAGAAACACUCCCAGCAAUUACAUACAAAAAUCAUCCCAUCUGCCUGUGAUAUAAUUAUGGCACACAAUGGUUUAAUAUAAUUAACACAGGCAGGAAAAAUACAGUUUUUACACAUAUCCUGUAACUUUAAAACCACACAUCCAAUCUCCAUAGAAUCAGCAACCUUUAAAUAUAAACAUAACCAAAAAUCAGCCAGAUUGGUCCAUUGGUUCAAAAGAUAGAUCGAAGUCCUUUGUGACCAAAGGAAGCAUGGCUUUUCUGCCCAAAACCAGUUCCACAGAGUCUUCUAUCCUGGAGAUAAUUGGGAAGUAAUCCAAUUAUCUCCCAGGACAGAGGCAAAACUCCAUUGAACACAUGGCAGCAAAAGACAAUAAAACACAUACAAAUAUAUAACUGUGCAGCCACUGCACAAAACAGGUACAUUCAACAUAUGCCCAGAUAGCUUAGGUCUGAGCGCACAUUAUUACUGAAUGGCACUCAGAGCACACACAUACAGUUCAAUUGCCAUGGAGCCAAAGUCUUUCCCAUAGUCUUUCAUUAUAUGAAUGGGCUCCAUGGCAUAGCUAACUGAGGUAUCACCGCUCAAACAGGGCAAGCACCGAAUGACCCGGCCUUCAUGUCUUCACAGGGGAAAAUCAAGCGUUUCAACAUGGGGCCAUAGUCUAAAGGCAGCAGACGGCAACCAGGCUUCUCCAGUGCAUAGUGGCGAGGUUUGUUCCGCCACACUGUAAACAAAGUCACAUCACGUCAUUCUGUUCUUAUACUCUCUAGCCAGCGCUAGCAGAAGCUGUGGUUAGAGGUCUCCUCUGCUCUCCCUGGGUCUCAGUCUUUCAGUGUCUGCCGAGUAAUUGAGAGACAGAUGGGAGAAAGAACAAUUUUUAAAUAGGUUUAUCCCCAAUUCUAUACAAUUAUUACCAAAACUGCUAACACAUCUAUAACGGCCACCCUGAGUAUGAAGGGGUGUACGCUGUUAGGGACGUCCUUUUCCCUUGGAAGGAGCAGUGCUGCAGUAUUCUCCAGAUCUCAUCUCAGCCGACCUAGAAUCUGAAUGGACAGUAGAGCUCUUAUAAGAGCUAGUGAUUAGUGAAGCAGGUUCCCUACAAGCACAAGACAAGGCUAUGUGUUGGGGAUUAAGCAGAACUUAAUUUUAAUGGAAGCCACACUGGCCUUUUAUGCAAGUCCCCAAGCAAGAGUGACACCCACAUGGACCUUGUUGGAGACAGGGACACAAAUGUACACAACAAACACAAUAGCAUUGUAAUCUGAGACACUUCUACAGACGGCAUACAAUCCCUCUCCUCUGCUUGGGAGAUAAUUGAGUUAAUUACUGUAUCAACUCAAUUAUCUCCAAACGAAAAAAGGACAAUUUUUAAACAUUUCUGGAAACACCCCAAAAUCACAUCUCCUGAUAGCCCUGAUCUGGGGGAAUAACAUAUUCAAAAAUCACCCAGAUUGGUUCAGGGAUUCAAAAGUUAUAUGGAAGUAACAUUUCGGCCCGGCCACAUGCGAGGCUCCUGCCCAGAAUAGUUCCAUGAAUUCAGCUGGUGCGGCCAGUCUCUUUCGUGCAGUUCAAAAUGUUGAACAAUAUCUUGAAUAAUCGUUCCUGUGUAAGGUAGCAGUGUGCGUUGUUUUUACUGAAUGCCGCCUCCUUCGAAUGAAUUAGGACGAAUCUAAGUGGUCCUGGAAGUCUCAGCGGUGUUCAGAAAUAGUUACAGACACUCAACGACCAAACCCCGCUGGACGGGUUCGACAAAACAAGAUGGCCACCGCCACAUGUUCGUGCAUACGAAUCGACGGCCACCCAGUGAACCACUUAGAAUGUUCAGAGUUGCGGUUUGGAAUAGUGUCAAAUAGGUCAAUUGAUGGCACUAAUGUUCGGUAAAAUGUUGGUAUACGAACCAGCUGAGUAAAGUCUGUUCGUCUUAGUUCGUAUACUGUUUUAGGCGAAUGGCAUUACAAAUAAAGUUCAGAAUGUCAACAAAAUAUAAGUCCAGCGAACAGGGUAUCUGUUACAACAUCCUAAAGAUUUUUUAAAACUCUUUCAAAAGAGCUAACGUUGAUUAAGCCGUACAGAUUCCCUUUACCUCUGCAGAGAAACUGCAAUAUUUAGAUUGCAGGGUUAAGACAGUCUCUAGUGGAGCUUCCUUGAUUCACACUGAGUUUAACUCCGUGAAACAAUGCUCAACAUCCUCAGGAUUGAAAAGCCCCGUUGGAAAGCAUUGAUUCAGUACUCUCUUAUUGGAAAGGUCUCAUGUGCAUUAGGUUUCCUCGUUGCUGUCACAUCCCGGAAGGAGGAGACCGAGCCAGCACUGAGGGACCUUGGUAAGUGAAAGAAAGUUUUUAACCCUAAAUACUAUCAUGCUAAAAUUUCAAUAUAUAUAAAAGUCGCAUAAGAGAUCAUUUUAAGUCAAAAUAAAUCAGCUGCUAAAUUUGGAUCUAAAUAUAAACCCUAGGGACACUUAUAGAAAACGUUGAAUGUGAAUUAAUAGUGUAGCGCUUAAAAACUGUAGGUAAAUUAAGAAAAUAUAGAAAGUUUCUAUAUUUACCUACAGUUUUUAAGGGCUACACAAUUAAUUAACUUUCAAGGCUAAAUACUAUCAUGCUCUAUGUAAUGUGUGUCUUAUUUUUUUCUUUUGCUUUCCAGAGCAAUCACUAGUAAAGAGGUAUCCCCUGCUUAGUAGUGAAGGGAUUAAAUGAGGAGCUUGAGUUGCUGUUUUCUAAUUUCUCCAACUCCCAAUUGAUCUGAACUCUGUUCUCUGAUCUCUUACAGUUGAGAUGGUUCUGAAAAACGCUCAAAUAGUUUGCACUGACGUGUUGCAGAGAGGGGACCUUGCUACUUGUCCAGAAGGUGUGUUUUUAUUUAUUAUUCAAUUUAUUUUUGAUAAAUGUCUCAUGGAAGAAGCACUGAUAAAAUGAGAACAAAAAUUGCUAACAGACAUGAUUUCUUUGUGUGUUAGCCCAGCGGCUAAUAGGAGAAAAAUAUUACAGACAGAAUGUUUCAGAAAACACAGAGCACACACAAUUCACACAACUCGUGUUCCUAACUGUAUCCCCAGCCCCCUAGCUCAAUACCACCACAUGAAAAUUGAACGUCCAGUUUCGUGUAAACUGCUCCCAUCUCUGCAUGCACCACAUUAUUCCAACCCAUGGCUCAUCCAUUCAGCAUUUAAUUUCAUUUUAUUUUGUUUUAUCUUGGGGAAUGUAUUAUUAUUAUUAUUAUAUUUAUACAGCGCCAUCAAAUUCCGCAGCGCUUUACAAUGGGUGGACGAACAGACAUGUAGUUGUAACCAGACAAGUUGGACACACAGGAACAGAGGGGUUGAGGGCCCUGCUCAAUGAGUUUACAUGUUAGAGGGAGUGGGGUAUAGUGACAGUAACAGAGGGAUUGAGGCCCUGCUCAAUGAGUUUACAUGUUAGAGAGAGUGGGGUAUAGUGACACAGUAACAGAGGGAUUGAGGGCCCUGCUCAGUGAGUUUACAUGUUAGAGGGAGUGGGGUAUAGUGACAGUAACAGAGGGAUUGAGGCCCUGCUCAGUGAGUUUACAUGCUAGAGGUAGUGGGGUAUAGUGACACAGUAACAGAGGGAUUGAGGGCCUGCUCAGUGAGUUUACAUGCUAGAGGGAGUGGGGUAAAAUGACACAAAAAGAUCUAUAAUAUUCCUGAGUCUGUCCAUUCAAAUCAGGAGAGGUAUAUAUGAUUAUAAGUUAAAUAACACAUCAAAAUAUCAUUAGGUUGUGUGAAUUGUUUAUUUGCAUCAAAUGUGUGAAUAAGCAUGUUUAUUUACUUUCAAUCUGACUCCCCAUCGGUCUUAUGAGGGUUCGUAGCCAGGACCUUUCAUGAAGAUUGUCUUACAUGUCCCAUGAUUCAUAGAUCAUCUUUGGCAAACCAAAGACUGCCAGCAAUUUGGGCCCUUGAGCAAAAUUUGACCCUGGCCGGCUGGCCCCCUCCUUGAUGGUUAUAGAUUACUAGGGCCAGCCCAAGACAUUGAGGUGCCUGGGUCCAAGGAUGAAAUGCUCUCCACCACCUCACCAAAAUCACGCCUUAAAAAAACGUGCCACAUCCAUUAUGUUAUGCAGUGUGUGUAGUUAAUGCAGUUUCUGUGUUUGUGUAGGUGAUGUAAUGUGUGUAUUGAAUGCAGUGUGUGUAGUGAAUGCAUUGUGUGCUUGUGUAUAGUGAAUGCAGAGUGUGUAUUUGUGUAGUGAAUGCAUUGUGUGUGUGUUUAUUGGAUUUAGAGUGUGCAGUGGAUCCAGUGUGUGUGUAUAGAAUGCAGUGUCUGUGUUUGUGUAGUGGAUGCAGUGCCUGUGUUUGUGUAGUGGAUGCAGUGCCUUUUUUAAAGUUUAUAAUUAUGUUUCUUCACCCUCCAUGCCUCAUACCUGUGGCUAAUAAGGGAAGACACUAGAUUCCCUGGUGGUCCAGUGGCACAGCAUGCUGUCAGAAUGAAGAGGGGCCCUGGAGUCUCAUUUUCUCUCUCCUGGCUAUGGUUCUCUCCUCCAGCAGCAACAGGUCUUCUUCCCUCAUGAGAUGUAAGAGCGUGGCCACGGGUUGCCAUGGCAAUGCUCCGUAUGCCACGCAAUGCAUGCCAGAGUGUUGCCAUGACAACCCGCAGCAACAUCCUCGCAUCUCGCAAGAGAAGAAGACCUGUUGCUGUUGGAGGAGAGAAUCAUAGCCAGGAGAGAAAGAAAAUUAGACUCCAGGGCUUAUUCCUUAUUGGACAAGCCAGUAGGGGCUUGGAACUGCAGAUAUAUAGAGGUACUUGCUAUAUAUAGUUAUAUGCAAAUAGGUGGUCCGGAUCCCAUUCUGCAGACUUGUUAAAGUAUACAGGGGCGGCAAAAUUAUUCUUCUCCCUGCCCCUAGCCCCUAACUGUGCCUCUCCCCUACCUUCAACUUGUGCCUCUCCUCCCCAUUCCCCACCUUACUUCUAUCACCCCAAACUUUCCCACAAAUACUUCUUCCCCCUUUAUUAAUUCACGUGUGUCUCUUAAAUCCUCUAUUUCCCAACUUGUUCUUUUUCUCCCUUUCCCCACUUUACUUCUACUACCUUAAAAUCUCCAACAAAUUCCUUUUCCCACUCUAUUUAUGCACUUGUGCCUAUUGAACCCCUUAAAUUCCUCACUUGUGCCCCUUGAAGCCCAUAUUUCCCCAUUUAUGCAAUUUUAGAACCCUCUAAUAAUCCACUUGUGCCUCUACUCCCCCCUCUAAUUACCUACUCUCCUAAAAUCCUCUACUUCUUCAUCUCCCUCAAUUUCCCUCACCUCAUGGCUUCUCCCCAUUCUUAUUGUAUGCAGUGUGUGUAUUGAAUACAUGAUGUGUAUACACACAUUGUGUGUGCAGUGUCUGUGAUUGUGUAAUGUAUCUAGUGUUUGUGAGGUGGAUGCAGUGUGUCUAGUGGAUGUAAUGUCUGUGGAGUGGAUGUAGUGUAUGUGGAUGUAGUAAUGCAUGUAGUGUUGGAUAAGGGGGUGAGCCGUUUAAAUUAAAUUGGGUUUAUCAACCCUCCCUGCCUCUUACCUGUGGGCUGGAAGUGGGGGACAGUGUGUGGGAAGGAGACAGGAGAAGGGGUCUGUAACAGAACCGCUUGCACCCCGACUGGGUACCUUCCGUUGACAGAUGCUCCUAGUGCUUCCCGAGGACUCUAAGCACUCCGCCAGACACCAUAACCACUGUAGACUCCCACGAACCACCGCAGUUUGGUUGGGGUCUCGCUGUCUCCACCCACUCUGGACCCAAGACCAGGGUCCAGCUUCCAGUAGGUCGACCUCUCCGAAUUCCAGUGAGCAGGAACAAGCUCUUAGCAUAGCUUAGUGAUUAUACCCUGAGGAGUAUAGUGAUUAUAGCAAUCCCCAGAGUGUAGUUCUCCAAUCCCCCAAACAUGUGCCAAAACUUCAUGAAGGUACAAGAUGAUCUGACUUUAUUUGGCACCAAAGGGCCUUCUUUUAUGCAGGUUUUCCUUACAUAGGACCACCCACAGGGUUUUACAGAACAACCAAUAACACACGUACAUUACAGAAAACACUCCCAGCAAUUACACACAAAAUCCUCCCCUCUGCCAGUGAUAUAAUUAUCACAGGCAGGAAAAAUACCGUUUUUUUACAUACACUGUAACUUAUAAACUUAUAAAAUAUACGUUCAUAUUACAUAUUCAGAAUCAGCACACUUUAAAUAUAAACACUCUCAAAAAUCAGACAAAUCCAUCCAGUAGAUAAAAAGUUAGACAGAAGUCCUUUAUGACCGACCGCAAGCACAUUUUCCUGCCCAAAACAGUUCCAUAGAUUAGGGCUGUGCGGCCGGUCAAUUUUAUGCAGAAAAAUGACUAAGUCCCAUUCGAAUGCACAGUCACCUGCCUCAGGGGUCCAUAAACUGCUUCCUCCAUGACAGGAGGAAGCAACGGUGACGUCCAUGCAGGCACUUUGGGAUAGAUGCAGCCAGGGCCAGCCUUAGGCCUUUAGGCGCCCAGUGAGAAAAAUAACACACACACAGGCAGACAGUGACACACACACAGUUACAGUUACAGUCACACACACGCAGACAGUCACACACACGCAUAGGCAGACAGUCACACACACGCAUAAGCAGACAGCCACACACAGAGGCAGACAGUCACACACAUUUACAGUCACACACACACAGAGGCAGAUAGUCACACACAUACACAGUUCUAGUCACACACACAAAGGCAGAUAGUCACACACACACAGUUCUAGCUCCUUCCUGUACAUCAGUUACCACUGACCGGAUGUCUUCUGGGUGCUUUUAUAUCCCCUCACCAUCAUUUAGCCCCGCCCCUGCCACACAGUAGGCCCAACCCUUGUUUUUUUAAUAAUCCCAGGAGGAGAAUAAGUAAAUCCUACACCCGGGUAGCCUGACCUAUGUGAGCUCACCCCUAAGGCCGGCCCCUGAAACAGCGCCUGCAUUUUGGGGGGGCACAAGGUGGGACACGGCAUGAUGUAGGAGGGCUAUGGCCCCCUCUGGCCCCCCCCCUAGCGAUGCCCCUGACUGCAGUGCCAUCUUAACAACAUUAUGGGCCCCCGGGCAAAGCAGUGCACUGGGGCCCUGCCUACACAACCACUCACAGGAAAACAUUUUUUUAAUUAUCGAUAAAAGACCCUAGCCACACAUUAUACCACAAACACAACACAACUGAAAUCGACCUAUUUUCACAUUACCACCACAAUCAGCUUACUCUACACACACUCAAUCACACACGCAGGUUCCAAACACAUUCACCAUACGCUUUACUGGACCUCUUGUCCUCUGGGAUCCCACUUAUGAAGACAGCAGAGACAAGUUACAAGCAAACACAGCGCAAGCAUGUUAAUAAUUUUGCUUGCGCUGCGCAAAAAAAAUACAGGGCCUUUUUCUCAUGCUAGAGCUCUUCAGAAGGGCUCUGUGCAUGGUCUACCCUUGAAGAGCAUUAAACCAACAUGCUCACUUUGAGAGGAGAUGUGCUUGUCUUUGGUGAUGGCAAAACACCCCCUUUCUAGCCCCAACCCCUUGUAAGUGGGCCGCUGUGAUAGAAAAAAAGCCCUGGCUUUGCUUUAGAUUACUGUGUUAGUGAAGGCAUAACACGCAGUAUCAUUGCAGUUCCUGUAACAGAGUCUGAUCUGAUAUUAACACCCUGAAUUAAUACCUCCCUUGUUCUGCAGGUACCACCCCAGCCUCUUGCUCCUGUGGGAGUGCAUGUGGCUCGUGGGAUGUGCGAUCUGGUACUACGUGUCACUGUCAGUGUCAUAAAAUUGACUGGACCUCAGCGCGGUGUUGUAAAGUGGCCGCAAAGAAAAAGUGAUCUCAAAAGUCAACAUGUCAUUUUCCCCCAUUAUUUGCUGUGAUUUUCCUUAAUUGUGCUUCUUAAUAGACAAAAAUAUACUUUUUGUUUUUUAAAUGCAAUAAAUUCUUUCAAUCUGGAAUGUAUGAAUAUUAAUUUUAUUAUUUUAGUUUCUUCAACUGCUACAAAGACAUUCCGUUUGCAGUGUAUUUCUCCACACUCUAAUGCAGUUGGUUACUCGGAAGACGUUGUUUCUUUCUGUCCCGAUUUAUUUUUGUCAUCUGUAAUACUGACAGAAUUUUAACAAAUUUCAAAAAUAAACAUUUCAAUAUACUGUAAAUACUCGAGUAUAAGUCGAGACCCCUAAUUUUACCCCAAAAAACUGGGAAAACGUAUUGACUCGUGUAUAAGACUAGGGUGGGAAAUGCAGCAGCUACUGG